GUGUCAUCUGUUUAUGACUGGGGCAAGGAUGAAUUGGAUGCGUUUCGUCUUGUCCAUGGCUCUUGUGGCAGCAUGGAACUUUCAAGGUAUGACAAACUUGUUAUAUAAAACUUUUUCUUUGUGAUUGAUAGCUUUCGUUAAGUACAAUAUUUGCCGAGUGGUAGUGGUGGCAAUGGUCAGUCAAAUAGGUAAAUAAUAGAUUAAUUGAAAUGUAAUUGCAACAUGCAAUCCUGGAGGUCGAAAAAUGUUUAUGCGCGGAAACAGUGACGAUAAAAAUUUAAAAAAGGGUAAAGAUUCAAGUUUCAAUUUUUUCCUUCGUCAUUGCGAAUCAUUCUAGCUAGAACAAUCCGUUAUGCGAAAGGGCUUGCCCUGUCAGUUUUUUAUUAUUUCAGUCAUGGCCGGUAGUCAUUCGAAGUAAAAAAAACCGGCUAGGUUUAUUAAUUUGCAUAAUGACCUUUUGGAACUGAAAAGAUAUGCAAACCUAAUUUUUCAAUUCUUUUAGGAAAGAGGACUUGUUUUAGAAAAGGGUGCUUAAGCUUGUUUUCUUCCUUUUCUUCUUUCUUUUGUUAUUUCAAGACUAACUUGAUAGAUCCAGAGCCAGGCUAGGACGCCUAAGUGCACUAGCUUUUACACUGUAAAUGUUUUCUUUUGUCACGUUCGGCCUGACCCUCUGGCGGUAGAAACCCUAGCUUGGGUAAUUGAAAAGAAAAGAAGCUACCUUUUUAGCUCAUUUUUUUCACUGUUUUUGGAGUUCGAAGGCUCCUUUUGAGUGAGGCUUCACUCUGCUUCGGCUGGAUCGCCCCAACUACCAAACAUUGAAAACACUCAAGAAAAUCAAAUCUUUUAAGACAAAAAGAGGAAAACAAACCCUUUUAGGAACGUAAGUUUGUUCUAACAGUUAAAACUUGACUUGUUGUGAUUUUUGUUCGCAAAUCGGACUUUUCGUUGAAAGCCUAUUGUCGUGAAUUCAUGCAAUGUUAGAGCUCAUAUUGACCAACUGAAUGUUUCGCUCAAAUGACGAUUUAUAUUUUCUCGCCGAUUCACGUGGUCGUGUUAUGGCUUGAGUUGAAAGUCACGUUGUGUAUCUGUUAUGUAAGAACAUGCCGGUAGGUUGAGCUUACGGACGACCAUUAGGGAGCUUAAGAAACGAUGAAGGCGACGUCAAAGAGGCACGAUAGUAAAUCUGUAUUGCGUUAUUGGCAAAACAACACCUUUGCACGUGCAUCACGCUUUCUUGUUCAUUUCUUUGCCGUCGUUGCACGACUACAACGUGAAAGUGCCCAAGUUAAUUUCACGUUUUGUUAAGGUCGGAAACACGAGACAACAACUUUCCUUCUCUUUUCCUGAACUUCGAUGCAGUCCUUUAGAAUUCAACUCCAAAAACAUUUGUCAACAUUUGACGAAUUAAACAAGAUGGAAUAAGCGCGGUAAAGUUUGAAGCAGCGCAGAUUCACUUAUUAAGUGACGUCUUCCUAGCCGUCGCCGUUGUCGUCGUCGUUGCUACAGCUCCUUAUUAUUUUCCUGGAGAUUGGAGGGGGGUUGAGGAAUUUUCUUCUGCAAGCAGUUUUUUUUCUAAUGUAUGCGCCUCUGCAAUCAUUUUGUUUCAUCUUCUUGCAAACAAUUUUUUCCCGAGUUUUUUUUCUUUGGUGCUAACAAUUAUGAGCUUACUAAGCUAUUUUUUUUUUUCGAAAAACAAUCAACAGUGCUAUAGCCACUUAUUUGAUAGCCUCCUACGCAGGCGUUUAUAGGGGAGCUCGAGCUCUCCUAAAAACGCCUGCGUGGAAGGCUACUUAUUUGGUAAAUUAGCCUGUUCAAGGCUCUCAUAUAGCAGGGGUGAGGCGUAAGCAAAAGGCACGUGGAGAUAUGAGCGCGUCAUCUGGGAAAAUGGGCCAGGUGGCGGUCUUACUGUCCCCAGUUUCCUCCCGUUAAUUUUCGUUAUCUCGGAGCCUGCGAACACAGCCGUUUCUCCUCUUUUUUCGCCGCCGAGGAAGUUUCGCGAGAAAUAACGUCUGCGACUCAGCGACAAAUGUUCCAUACUGAUGACGUAAAAUCUGUUCGGAAUCAGGUCAGAAGCGCUGAUUGAUCGACAGAGUAGUCACAUUGUUUUAGCUAUUGUUUACGAAUGACAGACAAAAGACAAAAGGCCACGAAGGUCAAAUGUAAACGCGAUGAAUCUCGGAAAAAACAGUCAAAAUUGGUGGAAUAUAUUCUUCCCUAGAAGAUACACUUGAGUUUUGCUGGAGCUUGUUCGCAGAUGAACUCAAAACGUUCGUAAAAAUCGACCUGGAGAAAGGUAAAAUUGAACAAAUUUGGAUGAGAGACCCCAUGACUAUCGGAUAUGUUAUAUAAACAUUGAUUUACGUCAUCAGUAUGGAAUUUCUGUCGCUAUGUCGCAGACGUUCCUCCGCGCGAAACGUUCCCAGCGGCUGAUAGCGAGGAGAAACGGCUGUUUUCGCAGGCUAAGAACAGGUUAUUUGUCCAUAUAUGCUUCUAGUAAUUUAUAGAUGUGCUUUCUUUCUUUUUGAUGCCGUCUUUUUAUGGCAAAAUGUUGAAUUCUGUUUUACAACUCUUAAGAUGAGAAAAACGAAAAUGAAAUUUGAAUACCAUUUUCCCACAGGACACUGAAAAUCGGCUGCCACUAGAUCACGCGAAUGGUGCCGAUGAACCUUCCUACCUGAUUGAUUGAUUCACACUUCAGUUUUGACAUGUAACUGUUUUUCUGGCAUCGCUUGUUCUUAUUAUGUUCUUCGUAUAAAAUUAUCCCGUAUUGUCUCGAAAAAUAUCUUAACUUGCAGUACUCUUGACCGUUGAAAGACACUUCAAGCUAGUAGGCAGUGAGUAGGGGGAGACGGCAAACAUCGAUCUAAUCCUAUUCUAUAUAGAAAGUGCUCCUUACCUUUUGCUUAUGGAAAACACUGACACUAUCGAUAACAGCUCAUUAUCUGUUACUUUCAAAGAGAAUACAAGGAACGAUAAGGUUUGAUCUUGUUUCUUGCAGAGUCCAACGCAGCCGUAAACAUCAUCUUUGCUAAAGAAAGCAGCAUCAAAUUCAUCGAUAUUCACAACGUCUCAGCGCAAGGUGUAUUGGUGUCUGGCCUGUCUCAAGCAAGGUCCUUAGCCUUGUACAUACGGCAUGGUUGGAUGUUUUGGAGCGAAUACGGCAGUCCGUCAAGUAUUAGCAGAUUACACCUAAGUGAAGGGUCAAUCAAGGAAAAGAUCUUGGAUGAUUUGGGUGAAGUUGACGGCAUCGCCGUUGAAUGGGAAACAGGUCUAAUCUACUGGACAGAUUACAUGUACGAGACAAUUGAGGUUGCAAAGAUUGAUGGAACUUACAGAAAGACGUUAAUCUGGCAAAAUAUGGCUAACCCCAGGGCAAUUGUUGUGGAUUCCAGGACGGGGUGAGUUUACCUUCUUGGAAUUGCCGAUGAGGACUAAGCGUCCUUUAGAUGAGGAAACUAAAAACAAAUUUAGAGCAACAGUCAGUCCAAAGUAACGUGCUAUCACACAGAGUCAGGAGCCGACAGAGUCUAAGGGUAAAUUGCCCCCCCCCCCCCCGGGGGGGGUGGGGCUCUUCCUAGGAGGCUAAUGGGUAUGUGCAGCUGGAUGGGGUCGCAUUUUCACGACUGAAUUGACUAUUAUGAGGUUGCAUUUUUCAGUGGGGUCGCAAAGUUUCAUUCAGGUAUCGAUAGGAAUUUAAAAGAUUUACACCACAUUCAGUUUAACAAAUGUGUCAGUUCAUUUCAGGGCGACCAAGUUAAAGGCAUUAUAAGGUAGAUUCAUAAACAGAAGUGACUAAGCUGGGAUUGUGAAAAUUACUUUUUUUCCCAAAGUGACCAAGAUGGGGUCUAAUAAUAUGGCCACAGAAUCAGACCAUAUAAUGGGGUAGGUGUUCUGAGAGGCCAGCAGCACAUACCCAGCAUAAAUUAACCCAAGUAUCCCUCCCCCGGGGGGUAAAUUGCACCUGAAAGGUAUUUGCAUUGCUGGUUUUGAAGUAUGUCACCGUUGCAAUAAGUCAAGAAAAUGACAGCCAAUGUUUUGCAAAAAAUAACGUUACCCAGUAGUUUUCUACCGAAGUCACCCCCUCUUCCCUUUAUCUAUAAGAGCUUCCCUACAUGCUACAUAUUAAGCUUAAAACGUGCCUUCUAGUUGACUUGAUUUUUUUUUCUCUAUUUUGUGUUGCAUCUUUUCAGUUACAUGUAUUGGUCAGAGAGAGGAUGGGAUUUUCCAAGAAUCGAGCGCGCAACUUUGGCUGGGACGGAGAGAAGAAUUUUGUUCGAUGGAUAUCAGUCUUUUUAUCCACAACUUCUGAUCAAUUCCCUGGUCAUAGACUUCAAUUCCAAUCUGCUGUAUUGGGCUGAUGCUAAUAAUGACGUAAUUGAACACAUGAACCUUGACGGCUCGGACAGAAAUACUGUCACAAUGUUUACAAGCCUUAACCUGUAUUCCUUCAGUCUGGCGUUACAUGAAGAUAUGCUAUAUGCAAGCGAUCUUCGUAGUCGUAGCAUAGAGAGGGUGAACCUCACUACAGGCCAGCAUUAUAGAAACAUGGGGUGGCUGGGCUCUGAAAGGACUUAUGGGAUCGCUUUAAAUGAUUCUUCAAGGGAACCUCAAGGUACUUUUUAAUCGGACCAUGGUCUUUUUGUUCAAAAAAUCUUUUAAGAGAAAAUUACAGAGCGUAUUUAAAGUCUUGUGAUGUUGCUCAUUGUUGUCGCGAUGAAGGCUUCUCUUCCCCAAAAUCUCGGUUAGCUUCUUUUCUUAAAACUUGUUAAUUUUCUAAUGGCCCGGCAGCCUUUUUAUUGAAAGCCUCACGUUAAAGUCCUUACCCAUUACCAAACAUGACAGAGUGGCUUAGACUGCUGGGAUUCAACUUGCUAGCACCAAACCUGGUCAAAAUCCCUUUCCAGUUGAGUAACUGUUGUUCUCAGUAGUAACGAAGACGUGUCUCAUCGGUUCUUGUAAUAGGCCAUUUGUACGCUGACGUCAUUUUAUUUUGAAAUUUAGUGCUUUUGUAAUUCAAACAUCGCUGGGAUUACCAAUUUAAAUAUGAAAUGGAUUCUGUUACUAGAAGUAAGAUGACUCCAUCGUUCAAGUGGCCUUUUUGUCUGAGUUGAUUGGCCGCUAGUCACUUAGAAAUACGAUCUAAAUUUGUCGGGUAAAGGUUUUUCUCUAUUUCUUUUUUUUUUGCCGCCAUAUAAACCAAUUGUGUUAGCUAAGUCUACUGAUGUCAUAAUUCCUUUCACGUUGCCACUUGUAUUUCUUUUCUUUAGGAAUGACCAACUGCACAUCUAAUACCGAAUGCAGUCACCUAUGUUUGCUUACGCCAGAUGGUGGAAUGUGCGCAUGCUCGAACGGUUAUGAACUGUUACCAGACAACAAAACUUGCAAUGGUAAGGGAACAUUAUUUUAUACGUGUUUUUGGCAAUGAGUCAUUCUUUUCAAUUAACCGCUUUUGUUUUAACGAAAAGGAUUUUAAUUCCGUUCCAGUCACAAAUACUAUGUAACUUGUAAAGAAAUGUUAUUAACUACAUCAAAGGUAGGCAGAUUACUGCGCAGAACAUUUUAGAAAAACAAAAAAUACGGGAACAAAUGUUCUCCAUGCAGACUGAUUUAUAUAUUUCCACGGUGCAAAGAGUCGACAACAUUACACAGUGUGUUCAAGUGCUUAUUGCCCACGGAAAUCUAUGUUAUAGGCAUUUUUAAUCGAUUUACAAUGGGAUGAUAGCCUUUUUGUAUAUUUUGCAGCUUCUGCACCAACAACGAGACGUCCCAUUGAAGGUAUGUUCAAGGCUCAGACAGGUCGUCUGAACAGUAACCACUACCCGGUUAGCUCUAUUGGAUAAGGGGUGAUCUGCCAAGGAAUAACGUUGGUAGCGACUCCAGCCGCACCAACAUUCAGGGUCGUUAAAGAACUGAGGAAAAAGUGUUGUCUUUGUAAUGGCAUCUACAAACUGUUAGAAUUUCUAAUCCUCUCGAAUGAGGACAAUAUUCUGUAGGCCCCAAUGUCUGUGGUACGUUAGAAAGUGGUUGUCAGGGGGUAAAUUAAAGUCCCCUGUGUGGUGGUCUCCCUCAAAUUCACAGUUACAUUAGGGGGUAUCUCUACUCGUUACUUUUUUACUUUGAUUUUUAACUUGUACCAUAAGUAUUCUGGCAAACGUCCCAAGAACCAGUGCUGCAAAUUAUCCCAGUAAAGCCCUGAGGGGAGUGAAUAAUAAUUUACAACGGUGGCUGACAAAGACUCUUUCAGAAAUUGGUAGAUAAGGCUGCCUGCUCCCUUCAGCAGUCUUUAUUCAUUUAUUUUGUUUCAGCGUUUUCCUAAAACGAGCCCGUGCGAUAACUUACACUGAUCUGUGCCAUAGCUGCAUUUCAUAAUCGGCGUUUCAAACAUCAUCCUCUUUCAUUUCAACUUAUAUACGUAACACACUUCAUAUCCUGAUACAGUCCUUUUGUGUGUAUAAAAUUCAUUGAGACUCAUUUUUGCUUAGUUGUAUCUUUUCAUUUCUGCCCGAAAAGGUAUCGAGAUUCGUCUAGUGAAGGGAAAUCUGGAGUCCUUUUUGGAAGGGCGAGUUGAAGUCAGGCUUUCCGGAAGUAACGAAUGGGGAACAGUUUGCGAUGAUCAUUUUGACCUUCGAGACGCAGAAGUUGUGUGUCGAAUGCUUAAUCACAGCCGAGCAGUAAGAAUCUUUUCGCCUGCGUCUGUAUACGGAGUCGUUAAUGAUAAUGUGAGUAUAUGGCUAGACAACUUAAAAUGUCGUGGUGAUGAGAAUUCCUUGAUGGAGUGUAGGCACCGAGGAUGGGGUAUAAACAACUGUGGACAUUUCGAGGAUGUUGGCGUCACAUGCACGAAUGAUUCUGUUGUUCCAACCGGUAUGUUGAUGUCAAUCAAUAAAUCAAUCUAUAAUUUUUCAGUUUCCUAGCGACACGCAUGACAAUACUAAUGAAUUAAAAUCAAGAAAAAAGUUAUAACUUAAGCAAAGCCCUUCACUAACCCGCUUCUUAAUAAACAGUAGAGAUCCUAGUGGCUAAAAAUAUCGUUUUAGGGCCCAAAAUAAGCUAGCAACCCUAAGAUAUAAAAUAACCACAUUUGCGCCUGGCCUUUCUUGAUAACCCUUUUUUGCCUGUUUAGCUUUUUUGCUCAUUUUUCUGUUGCUUGACGCAGAACAUAGCGGGAGCUUGCACUGUUCACUAAUGCUGUUUGGGAGAAGCUUGUUCUAAUUACUUUCGCUAUAAUUAAACAGUUUUAAGACGUGCCCCAUCUCCUUUUAUAAGUUGGAAUUAAGCCUUAACUGUCCAUACGAAAGUAAACUGGUCAAGGACAUGUUCGUAGGUAUCUCAGAUUGACUUCUGUGCAAUAAGAUUUCGUGAAGGUAGAAGAAGGCAGUGCUAAUAGAUUCCCUGAAUAACCAGGUUACUUCUUAAUAAUAGUUUGAUGCUGGGGUACCGUUCGCUACUUAUCCUACAUCUUCGGUGUCGUUAAAUUGUUUCACUUUUUCUCUCUAUUUCAGCUCCCUCUCCAACUAUGGGGCCACCAGCGAGUAAGUAUUUUAUCAUUGGGCUUUCAAAUACUCCUAGAAUUAGUCCAUCGUAAUAACUACCAAGUAGCUAUUUUGGAGCCCCUAUAAAUAAAAUACGGUAAGAAAUAAUAAUAGUAAUAAUAAUAAUAAUAAUAAUAGUAAUAAUAAACCCAAAGUGCGCUCUGAUUUCAUGUAACAUGUUCCAGUACUGAAUCUUUAACCACUUAACAAAAAGUUCGGUGUUCAUUGUAUUUUCCAAUGAAAGAUGCUUCAAAUGAAGCGCGGUGGUUUCGAUAAUGUUGGGUGUUUAGUGUAACCGCUAUCGUUAUGUUAUUUUAGUUAUUCCACCACACUUGUGUACGUUACUUUGCAUCUAUUAAAACUUAGAUAUCAGUGUCCGGUUGCGAGGUGGCACCAGAGAUUACAAUGGAAGAGUGGAGGUAUUAUACAAUGGCACGUGGGGCACAAUCUGUGACAACAACUUUGACAUACAAGACGCUAAUGUGGUUUGCAAGAUGCUAGGUUACAAGGGAGCCUGGUCAACAGAAUGCUGUGGAUUUUAUGGCUUAGGCUCUGGUUUGCAGAUAUGGAUGGACAAUGUUGAUUGCUCUGGGAAUGAAUCCUCAUUAGCGCAGUGUGCUCACGGAGGCUGGGGAGGCCACACAGACGUCUGCAGUCAUAGCAAUGAUGUCGGAGUGUAUUGUAUACCUAAUCCAGUUGUAACUCCAGGUAAGUUAAAUUUGUGAAGUGGACAACGUAGAAGGCACUAUUUGAGUUCCUUUGGUUGUCUGAUUCAAAUUCUAAGGUAGCCCAGUCAUAGGGAAAAUAUGUUAAUCAGUAUACCACUCUCAUUUUGAAGUUAAGUAUUGCACAGGUGGAUAUUAGGGACUUCACGAUUCAACAACGCUACGGCAACGAGAACGUCUAAAAAACCAAUAGGUUUGAUAAGCAAAACAACAAAUUUGCACUUCGUCACGCUUUCUGGACAUUUCUUUGCCGUUUUUGCACAACAACAUGAAAAUGCCUAAUUUCGUGUUUUAUGGAGAACGUAAACAAGCAGCGAAGAAAUUUUAUUUUGCUUUCUGAACUUGAAUAUGGUCCCUUGGAAUUCAAAUUCAGUAGGGUUCGCGUACGUUCGACAAAGUAAUUAGUAGGGAUAAUCGCGAUGAAGACUGAAAGAACGCAAGUGAUGUUCUCGUUGCUGUGGCGUCGUUGGAUCUUAAAGUCCCUAAUAAAAACUUUCAGCUUAAUACGUAACACAUGAGCACGGCCAAAGUUUUUCGGCCAAACCCAGGCUCCACCGUUCUGCUUCUCUAUCAUAGCUACUUGCGUAAAGGAGGUCAUCACAUAAUCAGAAUUAGUGUGAUAGAUUUACCACAAUGAUUUGUUCCAAAGAAUCUCAAAUUAUUGGUCGAAAAGAGUUAUUGAGACCCAAAAUCACCAAAUUGGAAAUCUGCUUGCCUAACUAUCUACUUGGUAAACGAGAAAGCUGUUUUUGUGCGAUAGUGUUGUUCUCCCAGGAUCUUGGCAAAGGCAGAUACUCCUUUGUAUAUCUGCGUGCUUCUGCUAUUUUUUUGUACUAGAUCAGACAAUUCGCUUGGCGGAUGGAACAAGUCCCAAUGAAGGCAGAGUAGAGAUUUUCCUAAAGACGGAACAUGCCGGCGAACAAAUAGGUGAAUGGGGCACAAUCUGCGAUGAUCAGUGGGACCUAAAGGACGCAGCAGUGAUCUGUCGCAUGUUGAAUUACACUGGUGCUCUUGCUGCCCCGCUUUCCGGCGCCUACGGAGAAGGUUCUGGGACCAUUUGGCUGGAUAGUGUAAAUUGUAUGGGAAAUGAAACUAGCAUUGAAAAUUGCCCACACGAUGGAUUGGGAAAUCAUGACUGUUCGCAUUUCGAAGAUGCAGGUGUUAUUUGCCAAGUAAACGAAAGCCACGUGCCAGCUUACGGUGAGCAAUGAUAUUGGUAUUAAACCAAACAAGCCCAAUCAGAAUACUCUCAUUUCAUGUGCCUUGCUAAAUAACAUACCACUAAGUGACAAUGAAGUACAUUAAUUCUCCAAAAUUUAAAAAAUGGUACGUUUCAUAUUUCAGUGCUGUUAUGAAUAAUGUGAUAGUUUGAAUCAGUUUCCAUUUUUAGACAAAAUUGUAUCUUUUUGUGCGAUUCAAUGUUAUCUCUCAAGUAAUGUUCAGAUUACUUGACAUAAUGGUAUCUGCUUUAUCAUUACCACCGCUAAAUUGGAUACUUAAACUGAUUAGUUAGUCGCUGAAGCUAACAAUGUCACGGAUCUUAUUUUAUGGCCUUUUUGUUACGACAGUACGUAACUUCAAAAGAUUUUUGCAGAUUAUCCUGAGUUACGUUUACAGGGGAAAUGUCCUUUUCUCAGCUUCAUGUUCCUCUUUUGGCUCCUAGUUUGCGAGACGAACCUCAAGUUUCUCACUGUGCUCUUUCAUCCGGUGGACUUAUCUUUGCAAUUGCACUUUUCCUUGUUUUUAUUGACAGAAAGCAAGAAGAGCCUACUUAUUGCGGAAUUCAAGAGGAGUGUUUUGUAUCAUGUCGACAUGGAAACAGACCCUAACAGAGCUGUCCCACUCCCGAUUGACAAAAUCCUUGGCCUCACUGCCGUUGGGUUUGAUCCCAUUGAUCAGAAGAUAUAUUAUGGUGAACUUGGGAGGUCUAUAAUACGAAGGUCCUAUUUAAAUGGAACAGCAGAUGAGACGAUUAUCAAUGGUGUCUACUUCGCAAAUCGACUGGCGAUUGACUACAUCAAUCGUAACAUCUAUUAUACGGACUCUCAGAGAAAUAAGAUAGAUGUUGCGGCCGUAAGUGGGCUGCAUCGUACAACUUUACUUUUGACAACUGCACCGGAGGGUAUAGCGUUGGAUUUGAAAAACGGGUACGUCAUUUUCCACUAAGUGAGUUUGUUGCCUUAAAAAUGGGGUGAUCACAACCGACACCCUCCACUUUUUUUCGUUAUGUUACAAUAUUUUUGAAAUAUGAAGACUUCAAUUCUGGGAGGUGAAACAGCAUUAAAAAUGGAUGACCAACCAACCAACCGACUAGCAAAGAAAAUCCUUUAGAUUUCGCCUGAACGAGCUCUCUCAACUGGGGGUUGCGGUUAAAAAACAACUCGCAGUCUUCUCUUUAUGAUCCUGACAUGAAUGGCUCUGAGUUAGAAACUAAAAACAAACGUAAUUUCUUUUCAUUUCAAAAACAAUACCCUUUGUUGCAAUCAGUGACAAAUCUAAGGAAGGUACCCGUGAACGCGGGCCUUGUUUUUAUAGUGCAAACUGAGCCCAAACUGAGGCCCAAAGAACAAAAAGUAUUUUUCAGAGCAUACUCUCUUCAGUAUCACUGGUCACUGGGUUUUCACGGCUGCAUCGGGGACCACCCCUCCUUUUGAAAACAAACGGUCUGGAUCGGCAUUUGGCGAUGAUAUACAUAACAAAAAUCCUGAAAUGUUUGGGCUCACUGCUUUACCGUAACAUGUUAAAAAAUCCUUCUUUGUCAUUUGAAAUAAAUAUUUAUCCUUUUCUUAACACUUCAGACAUGUUUAUUGGUCAAGUAACGGAUUCCCACCAAAAAUAGAACGAGCUGACAUGGAUGGAAAAAAUCGGCGUGUUAUUCUGGAAUUGUCGAUCGAUUCGACCCCAAGUGGCCUGAUUGUGCAACACAUGUCCAACAAUCAAAGUCGGCUCUAUUACACUGACAGGCGUGGUCAGGAAGUCUAUUAUAUAGACUUAAACAGUACCCAGAGCAGGUCGUUUAUAGCCAAUGAGCUGAUCCAUCCGGUGGGCUUAACCAUACAAGACAACAACCUGUAUGUCUCAGACGCAGGUAGUGGUAUCGCAUGGGACGGUGGAGUGUAUAGUACUUUGCUUGGAGGAACAGGAAAUGUUUCCAAAGUUAUUGACUUGCUGAAUACUCCAUGGGAAAUAGACUCCUACGACUUGGACAACAUCUACACACCAGGUAGGUAUUUCUUUAAAAAGGCAAUUACCAGUGGGUCUUCCUCUUUUAAAGGUGCGGUAUCACAGUAAAACGUGUCUUCGCAUCAAUCGAAUUCCAAAAAUAAUGGCUCAGUUGUGUGAGCUAAGAUUAUGUUUAGACAUUGAAACUGUUUCUGUCGUCUGUUGCAACGGAUGGCAAGAAGGGACAUGGAUUAAAACUUGGGCCAACGACUUCUAGUUUUAAUACUAUGCCUACAAAAGUCACCAAAAAAUGUAUUUGGUUAGUGAUCUCUGAUAAAAUUUGUUUGAUAUCUUUUUGAUAACUCCACAGGAGCAUUUCGCGUGUGGGUAAAGCAUUAAAUUAUAAUGACCUAGCUUUAGCACUGGAUUGUUCAAAAGCAGUGAUAUCCUCGUGACAAAGCCCCUUUCAUCAAAGGUGUCCAUACGCAUGCUCAUUUCACUUGUAGACAGUCCUCCGCAAUACCCUCCUAGAAAACUGAAUUAGUAUUUACAGUCUCAGAAGUUAAAAUUCUCGCUUUCUCCCUUUGAGAAAGCCUUCUUGGAAUGCCCCAAGGAACUGCGCUCAAGCAAUUCAAUUAGAUUACUGGUCCCUACCGAAAACGGCACUUUCCAAGAUAAUGCGUCGCAGCUAUUUAAUAAUCUACCAGAAACUAUUAGAAACUGUAAAGAUUACAGAACCUUUUUAAGACUUUCAAGGAAUUUUUUAAGUAACAGAGUACAGAGUGAUUAGUUAGUUUUACUGUAAUUCGACUCUGUUAAUCCUGCUUCUACUUUUAAUUGUAUAUCGCAUAAUUUGUAAAUAGCUUAAUUUGAUUUAUUUUGUAAUUGUAAUUGAUGUAAUUUAACAGGGAAGAGCCACCCAGUGGAUCUGAUAAUAAACCAUUAUUAUUAUUAUUAUUAUAUUAUUAUUAUUAUUAUUUGACUAGCAACCAUUUCGGCCUGUUUUCUAUAGCUAAGAGGAUGAAAAAUAUUACCAACUACAGUGUUGUGGCUGAAAUAUCUUCCAAGAAAACAAAGUGUAAAAUCAUGUAUCUGGCACAACUCAUGAGUCUCAUUUAUGUUAAUUCAGGUGGUAUAGCCACACGUUUUAAGAUUAUGUAAAUAGAGCACCUACAGUUGUAGAUAGAAUGUGCCGCUUUGUUGAAUUGAUGGAUAGAUAGAUAGAUAGAUAGAUAGAUAGAUAGAUAGAUAGAUAGAUAGAUUGAUUGUGUAGGUGUCUUAUUUUAAGAUUUGUACUAUUACAGGUCUUCGUUAAACCAUUCUUUCAUCAUUUUGGAUGUAUAUAUAUUGAAAGUCGCUAUUUGAUUCUUUCUGUUAUUAUUUUAUAGAGUCUCCAGGAUGCACCGACAAAUGCAGUCAUCUCUGUUUGAACUCACCGUCUGGAGCUCAUUGCGCCUGCCCAGUCGACAUGUAUCUUACAAAUGAGACUUCUUGUAAGUGAUCCCCAAGACAGUUAAAUCAAUUCUUAGAAACCUCAUAAAUAAUGACACUAAUUCAAGCCAUGAAAAGACAGUAAGGCAAAAGUAGAAAAUCUAUUUUCAUUGGAGCCAGAGGGCACUUGGGAUUGUCAUAGUGAGGUGCUGGCCUAUCUAUGACCAACUGAUAACGUCUCCCCCAAAAAAGGAUGAGGAGCGAAAACAAAACGAGUUUCGUGCCAGGAAGAAAGAACGAAAUUAGAGGGCUCAAAGAGCCUCGUGGCAGCAGAAUAAAAAGUUCAGAAGUUCCCAUCUGUGGGCCUUUGAGAACCUUUCCGAGAUGGAAAAAAGCACGAAGUAGUAUUAAACAGCCACAACACAAGACAAAACUCUUUAAAUCAAAAUUUGCGGCUAGAAAUGGUUUAACGAUAAACUUUUUCACGACUUAAGGUGAUGUUACACGGGACGACUCGCAACGACGACGUUUAGCGCAAAGCAGGGUUGCAACAUUGUUUUAAAUGGUUGCAACACCGGCUGUUCCAACAUUGCAACGAUGUGGUGCUCUAGCCAUUCUCUUUACGUUGAGGCCUAAAAGGUUUUGCUGUUUUAAGGCUAAGUUAUGCUCGCCUAAAAAAGGUAGUAAUUCAAAUAAUUAAUACUUUUUAAUACAUCUACACCAUCUGCCUACGCCCCACCUGCAAAUUAGCUUUUGUUCUGUGUGGCAGUAAAGUAGUCAAAUACAUUUGUUGAUUGACUGAUUGAUUGAUUGAUCUUGUCAGGUGCCUAUCAUCCUUUGAUCCUGCAUACCGAGUGCUACUUUAGUGAGAUUUACAAGGCUCCUUUGGGUGGAGGUUACUUGUUCGAUGUAGCAAACACUCUGCCUCUAAAGCACGCAUCCUGCCCCUCAGCUGUUGCAUCGAACGCGGCCGACAAAAAAGUUUAUUGGACGGACCUGACAUUCAAACACAUUGUCCGAGCGAACUUGGACGGAACGGAUGAGGAGAUCAUUGUUGAAAAUGUCGAACAUUCCCUGGGACUGGCUGUGGACAGUUACAGUGGAAAUAUUUAUUUUACCGAUAAAGGAAAUAAAACAGUUCAGGUUGCUAAACUUGAUGGUUCCAACAGGAGAGUUUUGAUUGAUACCAGUCCGCAUGAGCCGGUUGGUCUGGCAAUCGAUUCAAGCCGAGGGUAUGAUCGUUUCACAAAGUUACUUUUUCUAGUUCUUUAAUGACCAGCUAUAAUUCUUGUCCGAGAUCUUGAUUUUACGGGGUCAUUUUUAAUCAUUCUCAAGGAGCUAAAAUUAUAGCUGUAAAAGGGCGCCAAGAAACAGAUAAAUAAGAUUAGAGUGAAAUUAUAUGUAAAACACAUGAAUUUGGUUUAAAACUCGUGCUUACGUUAUUCUCCAUUUCAUUUUAGUUAUUUGUAUUACUCCACUUGGGGAGAUCCUCCGAUGAUCGUUAGGGCAGAAAUGGAUGGAAGCCACGUUACUCCUUUAGUAAAGUUCUCUCCCUGGUCAACUCAGGGUCCCAGCGCACUGGCGAUAGAUGUGGACGACAACCUUUUGUUCUGGGUAUCAGAUAGAGAUCCAAGCCUACAAUACAUUGACCUGCGAUAUCCAAAUAGUGAAAUAGUAUACCAUAUCGCCUUCAGUAAUUAUCUACAUAGCCCAAUGGGACUCGCCCUCGAUGCGCAUUAUUUUUACUGGACAGACGGUUUGCUUGGGAAUGUCAUACGAGCCAGCAGGAGUUCAGAUCAGACAGUAGAUGAACUUAUCCCAUUCCAAUAUACACCAAGAGGAGUCGAUAUUUACAAUCCGAAAGAUAUCCAAGGUAUAAAAAGGGUGGAAAGCUGAUCUGAUGAAAUUUUCAAAAGAAGUGACCAAGUUGUCGUCUUAAAAUGAUUUGUUUCUAUUUCGGCUUGAAGGACACCAGCCCCGCCUUCAACUCCAAUUGUUCUACCUCCUGCCUUCUGGGGCUAUUAAUGAUGUUCUUUCUCAUAUCUUCGUCUUUUUGUUUAAUUCUCUUUGUAUCGGUUAGCUCAAGUUACCCUUUUUUCUGCCGACGAAACUAGCUCUUAGCUAAGAAUAUAUUUUGAUGUGCUAUCUUAUGAUUCUCCGCGGCAGGAUUUGCUCAGUCGGUAGAACGUUUGACUGGAGAGUGGGAGGUCGGGGGUUCGAUUCCCGGGGACGCACCAAUACUCUGGGUCUUAAAAUAACUGAGAAAUGAAUGUAUUGCCUUUGUCCUACAAACAGUUAGACCUUCCUGUGGCUAGGAUAGUGACCACACAAAAUGACGGUCCUCAAUUAGCACUUUCGUACUAAAUACUUUUACACUCAAAUAAAGUGCAUUAUUUAUACAUUUUUACUAAUUACAAUAUUCCUUCCUUCCAGCUCCACAUCCUUGUGUGGAUAUCUGCAGUCAUCUCUGUCUCCCAAAACCUGGAGGUUACAAGUGCGCAUGCCCUGUCGAUGACCCAUCAGUAUGCAACGAGACUACCAACGUUACUAGUACGUUUAUCAGUUAAUUGCCUAUUAUACUUCAAAAUUAGCAGCAGCAGCAGUGGUGGUGGUCGAUUAGAGGUAGUAGCGAUAUUUUUCUUCCUACUUGAUCUCCAUCUGUGAGAUGAUUCAGCGACCUAAACAGGAUAGAAAGCGUAUUACCAAAUCAUGGAGUUGGUGUUGUUGUUGGUGGUGGUUGUGGUUGUGGUUGUGGUGGUGUCCUUUGUCACGGGCCCGCUGUAAUUGGCCACAGCUGUUGCGGUGUUUCUACCAACGUUCUUUCUGUUUGUCUGUUUGUUUGUUUGUUUUUGGCGAAGUUAAUAAAAUAAAAAAUAAAAAUAGAAUAUUUCCAUAUUUCAGCUUAAAAUAAAUAUGUUAUUGUAUUUGGUUUUCUGUAAUAUCCAGUGGAGGCGAACUGAAAUGGAAAACCUUGACGCAUUUCCUUCGUUAUCAUUCAAAAAUGACCUAAUUUAUCACUGUUGGCAUUUCACUGAAACAUUUCGUUGCCGGCUAAAAGUUUUUCUUUAUUCUCAGAUGCAUAUGGGUGUAGCGAAGACCCAAGUCUCUACGUUUCUGAACGACACAGCAUUAAAUGCAUUGAUAUAAAGACGUACAAUCAUUCUCAUGUCGAAGUGAAGACUCUUAAAACUGGACUGGCUGAUGCAGGAGCAAUUGACAUCGAUCACCGGGAGCGAAUGAUCUUCUGGAGUGACCAUCAACAAUGGACAAUAAAUCGAAUGAGUUUAGUAACUGGUGAAACUGAGGUAAUCGUCAGCAUCAUCAUCAUUUAUUAGCCUUGAUAUUAGAAUGAAUUUUACAGAAUACAGUAGGUUGUUAGCCGAGGAGACCUCAAGAAAGCACCAGGCCCCAGUUGUGCAAUAGGUGGAUAGCGCUAUUCUGCUUUUGAACAACCGGGGCCUGGCUUAUAGGGGUAUAGGGAGCCUAAGCAGAGGGCGUGGGGCCUUUUCCCUUUUAAUAUGCCUUAACGCUACCGAAUUUGUAUCGCCAAAUUUCUUUACUCUUUUUGGGACGAUUUGCCCCAAACUUAUGAGUAAAAAGUACUGCGCCACAAUCUUAUAGAGAUGACAGAAGUUUGGUACGAGGGACUGUCGUGAGGAAGGAGCGGCAUAGCUGGAUCAGGACCCCCCCGUCCCAGACGUCCCUUUCCUGAACAUAAUUCGUUAUGUACAAACAUUAACCACAAAGGACUGCAAAGGACCGCAAACGAAUAUGCCGAAGAACGUAGGAUCUAUAAAGACCUGAUCAGCAAAAAUGAAAAGUAGACAUAUUAAAUUCUGCAAGCAGAAUACUGCAAUGCUGUUAACUCUGCAAGACAUCAACACGACACCGAAAGAACUUGUAGCCAUAGACAAUAGUUCUUUAUAGUUCUUUAUAAUUAGGUACGGCAAAAUGGUGGGUAAAUAAUCCGUACCUGUUUGACUUUUCUCACUUCCUUGCUUUACCAAAAGGUCAUCAUAAGAGACAACCUAGGACAAGUUGACGGAUUGGCUGUUGAAUGGGAAAGUGGUUUGAUUUACUGGACAGAUUACAUCUUUGAGAGAAUUGAAGUGGCUAGGAUUGACGGACUUUACAGAAGGACGCUUUUUUACACUAAUCUGUACAACCCAAGAGGAAUUGCUGUGGAUCCUAAGUCAGGGUAACAUAAUUAUUCAAUCUCACAAUUUAAUAAUAGUGCUCCACAAAAGUGGCGCGAAGUCGCCUGGAUAACUGAACCGUAAUCAUUGUAGCGUUUUUACGUGAAUUGCUUAAUAAGACGAAAUAAUAAUGAUCAAACUCCUUUGAAGGAAGGAUGAAACCAGUUUUAAAGGAUCCACAUCAAACUACAGCCAUUACCGAGUAACCUUGUCAAGAGGACUCAUUCUGCCACGUUUCGCUUCGUGUAAGGGAAUCCAGGACAGUGUUUGAUUCCGGAUUCCACACCAUGGAUUCCGGAUUCCAGAUACUGGAUUUCGGAUUCUUUGUCAAUGGAACUUACAUUCUGGACUCCAAUCGUUAGUGUGAUUCUGGAUUCCUUGAGCUGUAUUCCGGAUUCCAAAUCCUAGAGUUCCGUAUUCCAAGACAAUUUUCCGGAUUCCGGAUUCCAGAUUCCCUUACAUGGGGUGCCACGUUCCUGUCACAUGCACCCUGCAUGUCCUCUGUCAACCUGACAAGCAGUCUGGAAUCAACGCCAUCGAUUUUCUCGAUAAUAGAAUACUGUCGUGUUGUUCCACCUUUAUAAAGAUAGAGGCGCCAGUCAAUUUUCCGUUAAUCAUGAGCCGUAGCAACCGUUAAGGAAGCUACACAGAAUCCUUGCAGAACCUUACUAUUUUUCAAUUUCCAGGUACAUGUUUUGGACAGACUGGGGAUUGUUUUAUCCUAAAAUUGAACGAGCAGAUUUAUCCGGGGAAAACCGAAAGGUAGUGGUCGACCUUAGAUUUUGGUCUUUCCUGUUAUACCAGUUGUUUCCUAUGAGUGUGGUUAUUGAUUAUGAAGCUGAACGAAUUUAUUGGAUGGAUGCAUACGACAAUUACAUCGAAUCCACAGACUAUGACGGCGGUAAUUGGAGAACUGUGCACUAUGUCUCUCAGAACAUAUUCCCAGCGGACUUGGCUCUGUAUGGUGACAAUUUAUAUUGGGUUGACUGGAACAGUCAAAGUGUUCAGUGGCUUAACAAGUCACGGCCUCUGCUCAUGCGCAACUUUGGACACCUCUCUGACUUCUAUCUUACGGGCGCUGUGGUUUCUGACCAGUCAAGACAGCCUGUCGGUAAAAAAUACGCUCUUUUUGUUUUUCUCGUUUGUUCAUGUUGUUAUUUCGGUGCCCCAAAGAGGAUAAAUGUACGGUAUAACCGACAGCAAACAACAUGCACCUUGUCCAGCAACACUGGUGCGAAACGAGUUGAAUAGCGAUAUUGCUAGUUUUACCAUCUAUAUCAAACCUGUCUUGCAAAAAAUCAGGUUUUUAACUGGCUUAACGCUCAACAUCGCUUUUUAACUCGUUUUUGCGGAAGUGCUGAAAAACAAGUUGCACGUUUUUGUUGUCCGUUUUACCGAAGCUUUACGUGACCUCCUCAAGGCCCAGUUGCUAGAUGGAUGGAUAACACUGUCCACUGGAUGAACGUCUAUCCAGUAGAGAACACAAUUGGUUUUCCUACUUUUCUUUUGCAUUGUGUUUUAUCCGGUGGAUAGCUCUUUGAACAACCGGGGCAGGAAGUAUUGUUAUUGUAUUGUAAUUGUCAACAUGGAACGUAACAAGUCACGUGCUUGAAAACCAGGAAUUCACCUUUCCCACAUUGCCCAUAAUACACUUUCUUUAAAUCCUUAAAUUUUGCAUAACUGUCUUGAAAAGUCUCUCGAAACGACUGUAAUACCCAGGCAAAAUUGGGAAAAAUAGCUAUGCAAAAUUCGGAGAAGGGUGGGAGGGGGAAGCAGAAUGCAUUAUAGCCAAUGUGAAUAUGUUAUUUUUCCCUUCCGCUAUAAGAAAGGAAGACCGCACAAAUAUUAAUUGACUCUGAACGAAACCUCACACAGAUCUGUUUCCUAACUACUCUGUAACAGUUUCACCCUAUUUUUACAACCCCGAAACAUUUUCUAUCUUAACUGAAAUCAAAUAUACACCACAUUUUGCUUCCUGACACUGUAGAAUAAUAAAAAAGCUGAAAAGCUGAAUAAUGCAUUUAGUCAUACCAUUAUAAUUAAGUGAUCAUUAUUUUUUGCGUUUUCUUGAAGCUUCCUCGAUGCACAGACCACCGUGUCGCAUAAACAAUGGCGGGUGCAGCCAUCUUUGCUUGCUGGCCCCUUCUGGAAAACACAAGUGCGCAUGUCCUAAUGGAAUUGAAUUGGAAAGAGAUGGGAUGACUUGCAAGAGUAACGGUAAGAAGACUGUAUCCAAACGUGUAACACAAAGUAAAAAGUAAUACGAAUUAAAAAGUAUCUUGAUCUUUUAAAAAAUUGACAAACAUCUCCAUAUCAAAACUUUGUUAAAACACAUGGUUCCAGUUUUUGAUUGUCAGUGACAUAAGAAAGUAGUAGAAAAACGUUUUCUCAAGAAACAGAUUCCUUUGCACUUCGCACUCGCUGUUGAUAAUUUAGACAAAUAUCAUGCCUUUCUACAAACAUUGUAGACCUUAAGAACGAGAAUUAAAUGACAGAAUGAAGGAUCGGUUGUUGGGACAUUAUAAAUCCACUUAUUAACCGAGAAUGAGGUUAUAACAGGGGAAUCUCAGACCGAGGCCUUCAUGUACAUGUAUUGACCGAGCGAGAACAAGGUCAAGGCUGAGGUCUGAGAUUCCCUGUAAUGACCGAAUGGACGAGGUUAAUAUAAAGAUAUUCACUAUAUGGCCCUUUAGCGCUAUUGAUAUAGAUCACCGGAAGUAAUUGAGACAGUGAUCAAUUAAAACCAAUAACUGGUCGGCAGAUAAGAUGAGUCUUACACUUGAACCCGCGUUACAGUUUAGUAACAGUGGUCAGCUGAUACCUCAAUUGACAGCUUUCAAUUGACCAAAAUAGGAUGUCCUCUAUCAAGUUAAGCACAGACUGUAUAUGCCUUGGACCCCUAGCCAAUAAUGCCCGGUCAUUACGUGAAAAUCUUGCCAGUUCAGCAGCCAAUCAUACCGAGCGUACUAUCGCAGCCAUAUAAUCAAUCGAAAGAUUCUUAAAUACCUGCAAUUUCUUGAAAGUUUCGCAGAGCUUUAGGACUCCAUCUGGAUCCCUUUAUCACUGACCUAAAUGACGUUUGCUGCUUUUCGCAGCCUCGUUUUGAUGAGGCUGCAAAAGUUUCCCAUAAAUUGGGGGAAGGUGGUAGCUCUAAUCACUGUUCAUAAAAAACUGAAUGGUUUUUGCUAUUCUCAAUGCAUAUCUAUUCUUUCCUCGUCUAGGGACCCUGCCAAGCACACCACCACCACCUGUUCCAGGUAACACAUGGAAUCGAAUGUAAAUUUUUAGCAUUGUUCCUCUGAAUCGGCUUUGAUUAUUUCACUGCUACGACCUGUGCUACGACCUGUGCGAUUAAUUACCAUUGUUGGUUUGAGGCCUUGUCCACACUUAUCCGAAUUCGUCCUUACCAGUAGCGUUUUCGAUUCGCUUUCGUCCGUCGACAUAAACGAUGGAAAUACAAUACCAUCCCUCACAGGGCAUGCUCUUUAUGACGUAUGGAAAACCUCCGUACAUGAAAAAAUUAAUCAGGCGUUUUCAAAAAAAACUCCACUCUGGGAACCGUUUUCGAAAACCUGCGCUUAUGGUGGCGGAAAACGUCUUUUACGUGUGGAGGGAAGUCUUAAAUGAAGGAUAAAUUCUCCUUCUUCAAAAAUAUCCGGAUUCGUGUAGAUGGGGCCUGAGUGGGCGAGGUGAGAUCAAACACAGGCUGAAGGAUCUGCAAAGUGGGGCCUUGCAUGACGUAUUAUCUCAUCACUCUAGUCUUCCCCUUUUCUAGCCACUCACUGCAAGAAAAUUGAAACUGGCACCGUUUCGUUUCGCUCUUUCCUGUCGCUAGCUAUUUUUAUGUAUUAUUAUAAUAAAAUAUUUUGAGGAGACUUAAUUGUCCUUUUUUAGAUGUCAGAGUGCGACUCAGAGGCUCUAACUCAUCGAACGAAGGACGGGUUGAGAUUUAUCACCAAGGAAAAUGGGGAACGAUCUGUGACGACCACUGGGGAUUUAGAGAGGCUACAGUUAUAUGCAGAAUGCUGAAUUACUCUGCUGCGGUUUACGCUAUUAGAUAUGCAAAUACUUAUUUUGGAUCGGAAACAAACAGCUCUUUUCCAAUAUGGAUGGACAACGUGAAGUGCCGAGGUGACGAGCAGAGCAUCGCUGCCUGUAGGUUCAAUGAAUGGGGCUAUCAUGAUUGCUCGCACUUCGAGGACGCUGGAGUUGUAUGCUACAAUGAGUCAAUACCACCAACCGAAGGUAAGAGCUACUGAGUAUAUAUUUAGGGCUGUUAGACAACAAUAAUGACGACGGAAACGAUUAAAAAAACAGUAGGUUUGAAGUGGCAAAUAACAAGUUAUAACCAUGCAUCUCGCUUUUAUGUACAUUUCUUUGCCGUCUUUGUAUGAUUACGACGUGAGGCUUCUUAAUCUCGCGUUUUGUGGAGGAGGAGAACACAAGGCAGGUGCGCAACUUAGAUAGACACUGUAGUCCUUUCCAGUUUGACACCAGAAUAAUUCGCCAUCAUUGGAAAAAUUGAACGAGAUGGAAUAAGAUAGUUGAAGUUUGGAACAACGCAAGUUCACUUUUUAAGUGACGUUUUCGCCGCCCUAGUCGUCAUGGUUGCUUGAGCUCCAAAUCAACAAAGUGUUUUGUCAUACAAAUGAUCACAAAUGAAUACACUAUUAGAUUGCUGACCUCCCAAGUCAGGCCAUGGAUCAAUGUGAUUCAUGAAACGUACAGUAAGUCAAGGAGCAAUUCGCCACUUGAGAAACGAGGAAGAAACUGGGCGGAGUUAGUUUUAACAAACACUUCUGGGAACGUUACUGGGCACGUGCCGGUCAGCUAUUGGCUAAUUGUUUUCCCCAGGUUUAUAUUCUGGAGACAAAUCAACCGCUUCAAGUGACGCACGAAACUUUUAAGAAAAUUAUCUUUCAAAUCGGCUCCAAAUUGAAAUUAUGAACUGUAAAACUGGUUAAACCUUACCUCGAAGGCGUUAAUCACAUAACUUAUCUGUAGGCUGUCCUCCCUGUACUAGUCUGAGAAAACAGCCGACAUUUGGGGACGCUACCACUGGUUUCCCCGCAAAAUGGCGUCUGAGAAACGAGCGCAAAUAUUCCAUACUGAUGACGCAUCACUACCCAGAUCUGGGUAGUGCUUCGGAUUGGUCGUACCGCGUGGGAAAUUUGAUUCAACCAAUCAGAAGCACUGCCCAGAUCUGGGUGGUGACGAGUCAAUGGCAUGGAAUUUCUGCGCUCGAUUCUCAGACGUCGUAUGGCGGGGAGACCAGCGGCAGCGUCGCCAAAUGUAUGUUCACACUCAUCGAAGAUUUGUGCCUGAGCUCUUGGUCGAGAGGGCUUGAUGCAUUAAAUUCCAGUCUUUACUUUUGCGAUCUGCAUAUUUACUACCGUGUCAGUGGGUUUGAGUCCCCGCUCCUAUUCACUUAUUUCCGCUAUGGUCCGAAUAUCGUUUUACACUGUGAUGAAAAGUGGCGGAAAACUAUCCACUUGUGACGAUCCACUUUCAAGACAGGCGUGGCGCGGCUUCGUUCCGUAACCAAUCGCGCCAAAAUCACCCUUUCUGUGUUAACGGAAGCUGUAUCCGGUAUGCGUUUGUGUCGGCGCAAGAAGUAUUUUGUAUAGCUUGAACAUAACCUUCGAAUAUGACAAUAUUAUUUAGUCUGUUCGCAGUUCAUUAUCAUGUCGUCAUGCUUCCAUCAUCUCUAGCGGUAACUUUACACUAGGAGUUUAAUUUGCUCAACAUGCUCGCUCCCUCUCCAUCUAUACUGGUUGAAAACGGGACAUCGACAUUUUAAUGUCGAUCAAAAAGCAGCUCGUUUCACCAGCAUUCCACCAAGCGGGACGGCAAUAUACCUGCCCCCUCCUUACUUCCCCUUUUACAAGUUCUAACAUUCUGUUUUGGUUAUUAUUUAAGGGCCAACCUUGGCACCAGGACCUCAUCCAGGUAAUUUGAUAAUAAAUAGCUACAAAACAGAUACCCAGUUGUAGUUGGAAACUUCGCAUUUCUAAGCCUGGGUAGUUAAAAUGUUGCCUUCUGGCAUGGCGUCAUUAAGUUAGUUAUGACUGGCCUCUAAUGAGCAUCAAUGUUCCUAGCACCUCUUAAAAUUUACCCUGAAUAAUAGCAGUUAACCAUAUUUUGAUUAAAUUAACUCUAAGAAUCAAUGUUUUAAUCAGUACUGCUCAAAUUUCAGAAGAUAAGUAAAAUUUUCAAAUGCGCAUUACACUGACAUUGAAAUGAAAUAAUCAAAUGGUUACUACAAAAAUGAUUCAUUACAACAUAGUGUACAAUGUAGGAAUGAUAACCCGACCUUUCAUUUGGAAACAAUUACGUCAGUGGCGUUAAUGUAAAAACUACAAGCAAACUUAAGAAUCUAUACGUUUUGUAUAAUGUGGUAGUUGUUUUCUACCGUAUCAUACCAUUGCCUAAAUUGUAAGUAAAUUCUGACUCUUAAUUUUCCUCAAAAUGUAGAAUUAAGGGUUCGUUUGCGUUCUGGUACUACUUCAAACCAAGGAAGAGUGGAGCUGUUCUUAAAUGGCACGUGGGGAACGAUAUGUGAUGACUACUGGGGAAUCGAUGAAGCGAACGUCAUUUGCCGCAUGCUUGGCUAUUCAGAAGGAGCCUGGAGCACACACUGCUGUGGUUGGUACAACGGUUUUACAGCGCCAACUCAGAUUUGGCUGGACGAUGUUCACUGUGAUGGUGAUGAACAGAGCAUCGGGGCAUGUCGUCACGGUGGAUGGGGAAGUCAUAAUUGCUACCAUUCUGAAGAUGUAGGAGUCGUAUGCAAGUAUACACCACCACCGCCUCCAGGUUUGUUUUGUUUGAUUUGCUUUAAAAGAGCUGUGUCACGAAAUUUAUCAAAAUUGAAACAGUGAGCGUCAACACGUAAACUUGAUAAAAAACAAUUAUAAUUUUCUAUAAUAUAAUACUUCUGACAAUGAAAAUGACAUUGGAGAGAAGCUGCAAAAAAUGACGACUCAAAAAACUCCUGACAGCUCUUCCAUCUUAGUUACAAGAACUGACGAUUUAGUGAUUGUUUCUCUCUUAGAUCAAACGUUGCGCCUUAUUGAUGGGUACAGAAAUGGGGAAGGCAGGGUAGAAUUGUUUCACGAUGGUCACUGGGGAACCGUUUGUGACGACUUCUGGGAUAUCAAGGACGCACAAGUUGUCUGUCGUCAGCUUGGAUUUGACAGUGCGGUCGUUGCACACAAAUUUGCUAUUUUUGGCGAGGGCAAUGGUCAUAUUUGGCUUGAUAACGUACAUUGUGUGGGAAAUGAAAGCUCCAUCGAGAGUUGCCCGCACAAUGGAUGGAAUGAUCACAAUUGCCAACACUAUGAAGACGCAUCGGUUAUCUGCAGAAAUGGGACACUGACAUUAGGUUAGUUUCUCUAUUUUGUCUCCAUUGAACGAUCUUAGCUUCUACUAUUUCUUACUGAUUCACUAAAGGUUGCUUUGGACAUUUGGGCAUACGGAACUCACUGCAAAGAUUUGCUUGAGUGAACACCAAACAAUAGCUUCGCAGUGCGCAUUUUCCAGUGAUCAAAGAAUCCUUUCUUGAAUCAGCUAUAAAUUAAUUGUUCUCAUUCCAAUGAAACCGUUCUUCACGGCGACUCAGAUUUCACAUUAUAAAUACAGGUAUGGGAGUUCGUCUGGAGAUUACGAGCACCGUCGCCUCGCGUGGGCAGUUUCAUUGUGUCCCUGAAUCUGCUGUACAAGUUUAUUUUUCAUUUGAGAAAAGGGGAAUCAAGUCCUCAUUUCGAUGCCUUCUGAUCAGGGUUACAGUUACUUAAAGUUCAGGCAUUUGCAAAGACUUAAACGUUUGAUGAUGCAAAUUCGGUACAAAAAAGGUUCAAGGUGGAGUCAAAGCCCAACUUUGUUUGUUUUGUUUGUUUGAUCGGGUAAAUGUAACGACUAUAAGAUCCAGUUUUUUUUACUAUUAAGCUUGCGAGUGAGACCAGAUACUUCACAGUGACUCAUGUGAACCGUCCAGUAUUAGAGUCGUGUCGGCUUAAUUUAAUUUCUUUCUGAUUCACAAGGAUUCAUCUAACAUCCUGAUUUCUCCUUAUUGCCUUGGCUAAAACUUACACCGAAAGGCUGAAAGAUAGAUAGAUUAAGGGCCGCCUUGUCUGACUCCCUGUUAAAUUCUGAAAAAACUAUUCGUCCAGCCAUUGUUUAGGACACAGCUAUCUACGUUGCUGUAAAAGAACCUGACCGAAUUUAAGAGGCUUGGGCCGAAAACCAAAAUAUACUCGAUUAAAAAAAUGCAAGUAUUGUUCUUGCGUACAACUAUGCAUGUCUAAGAUCUAGAAGCCUUUAAUGUGACGACGAUAAGCGGAUUGAGACAUCCAAAAACUUUCCAGGUAGUAACUAAAAAUAUGUAUAUUUCCAUACAGAUGGCGAUGAUUUCUUGUUGGUGUGUGAAGGUGGCCGCCGACUGUGCUACUACGUCCCACUGCAAACACAGACACCACCUAAUCCGGUACCUCUGUCGAUUCCACUGGACUCUACGCCGUUUGGAGUAGCCUUCGACCCAGUUGAGAGGCGAAUCUACUGGACAGACGCGUUUGGAGACAUCAAUCGAGCUUUUCUUAACGACGAAUCGAAACAGGUUGUGGUAAGAGGGCUUUCGCGUCCGCUGGGUAUCGAGAUUGACCCUGUGGGAAGGAACAUCUACUUCGCUGACGAAAACGAAAACAGCAUCAAAAUUGCAAAACUUGAUGGUUCUCAUGCAGCUGCUCUUGUGAAUGUUCAAUCUCCUCAAGGAAUUACUCUGGACAUAUCUUUGGGGUAAUUAUUACAUUGUUAGGUCCGAUGUGAGGAAAGUCUUCUUAUAAAAAGAAUCAUAAAUCCAUAUUGGGGAAAGUUUGAAAUUGUCUCAUCUUUUUGCUUUAAACAUUUAAGUCCAUAUUUUAGGGUAUGGUACUGCUGAUGACCAGUGUCACGUCUUCCAAAUUGGCGUUUCCAGAAAAUCCGGUUAGAAUGUAAAAGGAAUGCGACUUUUCGGAUCGUUCCGGUGGAAAAUUUCCUGGAGAAACGGAUUAUACGAAAUGGAGUUUCCGUUUUUCUGGACGGCAUGUUCCAAACGAAAAUUCGUGUUCCAUUUCUUGACAGCCAUCUCAGGUACCAAUUUCAGGCUUUCGCGACCGUUUAUCUGAAAAAUGGAACUGAUUUGUGCAAAUGGUACACACGAUUCCGGGGCGAAAUGUACCAGUCGUGAACAGUUCAUGGUUUUUGCUUACCAUUUACCCAAACCGUAACCGACUGGUUUGCCGAUGUAAACGGUAAACCAUCUUUGUUUAUAGCUGCAUAAGACUGAAUUAAGUUUAAAAGUAUUGUAUUUAAAGCACUCACAUUAACGUGUCUUACUUUUUCCAGAUACAUGUACUUUUCUUCAGUCGGUAGCAACCCACAGAUACUACGAGCUGACAUGGACGGUAAAAACAAAACUGUUCUUGCAAAUUUGUCAAACAUCGGACAGACUAUCAUCGACCUGGUUCUUGAUAAACCUGGAAAUCGUUUGUACUUUUCUGACCAAUCCAAUAACGUGAUACGAUACAUUGACCUGGAUAGUCUGCAGGUACACACCCUCCUUUCUGGCAACAGCCUUCACGGUCCAACUGGUGUAACAGCGAUAAACAGUACACUAUACUUGACGGCUCAGGGCGAUGGAAGUUUUGCAGGAACCAUCUUCAAGGCCAACACAAGCAGCGGAACUAAACAAAUGAUAGCCGAUGGCUUCUCAAGCCCUCACGGGAUUUAUGCUUUUAACUCUCGGGCACCUUUAAUAUCAGGUAAUCAGAGGAGAGCUAUUUAAAGGGGUUAGUCACGAGGAUAUAACUGUUUUAGGUCAAUCCUGUGCUGAGCUCAUUACUUGGUGAUUUUACCCCCACACAAAAUACUCCUAUACAGUUAUGAAGAAGGUAUCAAACAAAUUCUAUCAGGGAGCACUAACCAUAAUAUGUUUUGGUGAUUCUUUCAGGCAUACGUUAAGUAAUGGUAACAGGACUGAGUGGAGUAUAAUUCGGUCUAAUCGUACGAGUGAUUAACAAAAUCGGACGACCGCGUGGCGGGAGUCCGAUUUGUUUAAUCACGAGUAUGAUUACAGACCGAAUUGGACAACACGAAGUUCUGUUACGAAUUAAUCAUAACUUUAACAAAAUUUGUGAUAUAAUAGGCUAUUUUUUAAAUCAAAACAAAAGAAAUUCGAAAUUUUGUUUUGCUAGCAGUGAAAAAAAAAGCCAUUUAAGCGCGCGUGUGAUGGCGCGUACUGUCCAAUUACUUAGGCAUGACGAGUACUGUCCUAUUAAACUGUCCAAUUAAGUCUGAAAUCAGGGCAGUUGAGAGCCAAUCAGAUUUGACAAUUUUUUAUAGUUAUGAUUAACCUUGAAAACGCUCGCUCAUUUUUUUCAAGUUUCAAUCCUUGUCCAUCCUUGCCCUCUGUUGAAACAGACGGCAGGAAACAAUUUCAAUGCCUAAAUACGAUCUUAAACAACAAUACUGGACGAUUAAUUCUGGAAUUCAAUUGAUGCGAAAAAUUAGCGUUUUCAAAUAGCGUGACAUAGCUACUUUAAUAAGUAAUAGUCCAACAUUCAAACAGUUAAAAAACGCCGGGGGUCGCCCUAAAGCGACCUGUUUUGAAGUUGUUGUUAGUUUGCACUUAAACGUAUAAUCAGGAAAAGAGAAUUGACCAUCAAAUUUGAGAUGCCAAAUAAUGUACUUUGCUUAAAUGAUCAAUCACGCUGAAACUAUUCCACUGAUCAUUUUUGCAAACUUUGCAGGCCCAUGUGAGAAUAAUGGCGGAUGCUCCCAAUUGUGCGUUAUAAACCCAGGCGGUCAAACAUGCAUGUGCCAGGCUGGAAUGACAGUUAACGAAGACAAAAGGACUUGUAAGAUUUACACUGUCUAUUUAACCUAUAUGUAUUCAACCCAUUUAGCUUGGUGAAUAAUAUCACCAAGGAUGAGGUAAGGAUAGCUGGAUAUUGGCCGAUUGCCUUCAGCUCUGCGUUGUAAUGGACAAACGCGGAGUCGGGGUCCAUAAUGAUGCAAAAAAUAAGAGAAAAGGAAAUCAACAAGGCCAAUAUUCAGCCAUCUUGACCGAACAAGCUUGCUGUACAAGGCGGGAAAUCCCGAGUGGCCAAGAUAGGUCCAUCCUUCCAUCUCGGGUGGCCAGUCAGAAAGCAGGAUUCGCUUCAAACCCAGCCAUUUACGAAACAAGACACCAUCAUAAAAUAUUGUUUUCGUCUUUGACAGUCCCCACUAGAGUUCUUCAAUCCAGUAAUCCCGAUGGCUAUUUUUGGCUUCCCACCCCCUGCGCAUUCUUCCAAUCCCGAAUUUCAUCCCGCUUUUGCUAUAAAAUCCCGAAUCCCGAGUUUCAAAAAGGGAAAUCGUGGAACCCGAAAAACCUAAUAUUAGGGAACCACCUUUUAAGUUUCUUUUUUCCUUUUCGUCUUAGGUACUGUGAAGAACGUUAUCAUGGUUGCCGAUUCCUACUAUGAUGAAAUCUAUUUGUCAACUCUGGAUUCAUCAGACACAACGAUUGUUCCUCUGCCUGUCCAAAAUUUGACAUACCCAGUUGGUGUUGAUUUUGAUCCAUUCAACAAUCGUAUCUAUUGGACAGACUACUCUCUUGGUACCGUCAAGCGUUCUCUUAUUGACGGCAGUAAUCAGGAAACUAUUCGUUCAGGAAUUGCUAGACCAUACGGAAUCGCCCUAGAUCUUGUGGCAGAAAAUGUUUAUUGGAUAAGCCGGCUAGAUAAGACCAUAGAAGUUUCGAAACUAGAUGGAUCUAACUGGAAAGUGCUGGUUUCUGAUUUGGGUACAUCUCCCGACCACAUCGCUCUGGAUACCUCCAGAGGGUCAGUAGAGGCCUGUUCUAUAAAUAGACAAAGGGAUUCAGUUAAAAAAGGACAGUAUUGCAUUGGUCCAGAAGUUAAACAAAAGGUUUUCUUUUUAUGAAAUGAGUUAGCGUUUGAAUAUUUUUCCAAGGUAAAAAGACAAUUACCUCUGUUGAUAGCAGAAACGUAGGAACUGAAUCAUUGUGAAGUAUUAUUUUUUUGGUAGAGGAAUAAAUUGACGGCGAUGAAGUCAUGAAUAUUAGUUUUAUGGACAACACAGGGUUUUGAGUUUUGGCUUGUAUUGUUGAAAAACCGUUUUGGAGGGAUUUUGGUUAUUUUUAGACCGAUGUCGAUAUGGUUUCAGUUUUAUUGACUAAAACAAAUAGAAAUGCGUUUUUAUAGUUGGUGCAUGUUGACGAAGAAAAAAGUUUCAACUCGCAUAAAAUAGGUUUAAUCUACAUUUCAGUUUUGGAUUGUUCGUGAUACUUUUUAUACACUUACUUUUACUUAUUUAAUAUCAUAUGUCUUCCAGGUACAUGUAUUGGUCAGAAGAUGGACGUAUUGGAGGUGCUGAUAUGGAUGGAGAAAACCAAAAAGUUGUUGCCGUAUUGACAUAUUAUUAUGGUUUAUUUGAUGCCCGGGGUCUUGCUAUGGAUAUUCAAAUGAAUCGAAUUUACUUUGUUAGCUACUGGUUUGAAGGUUUGCUUUACGUCGAUCUUAAUGCCGGUGGAAAGGGAAACGGUCCAGUCCAAGUUCUGUUCAGGCAUUAUUCUUUUGAUGAUGACUAUUUUUUGAGUCCACGAGGUCUUGCACUCGACGACCAGUAUGUGUACUGGAAUGAGUACUGGAAUGAGAAGGUGUACCGGAUUAAUAAGACAGGUUUUGAUGGCGAUCUUGCUGUGGUGGCUUCAGGAAUGUUUAGUCCUAGAGGAAUGGCAGUCGUUAAAGGAAAACCAAAUGCAAGUGGUGAGUGACAUCACACUUCCUAUCAUCGUGACUUAGCAGGUUGAAGAUUUUGCUGUAACUUUGUUUGUGAGACUAUGUAUUAUGACUAAAAUUUCUCUGAUCAUCUCUUUUUUCGCAGAUCCACAUCCUUGUCUAAGCACUUGCAGUCACCUUUGUCUUCUUAAACCCGGAGGCUACAAGUGCGCAUGCCCCGUUAAAAACCCUGCUAUUUGCAACGAGAGUGUCCACCAAACCAGUGAGUAAUACUGCUCCCUCAUUUCAUUACCUUAAGUAGCAAGCAAUCGUUUAUAAAUUUCAGUUUCAAGUGAAAGGAAUUAACACUCCUUCGCCAUAAGUUGAUAUUAUCUAAGGCAUAUAUGAGAGGUGUUCAUUUCGGUAGUGUUUAAAAUGUAAAGCUCGUAAGAGAGACCCAAUUUGCAAACAGAAUUACCCAAUCAGUCAAUUCCACGUAGCCCACACGUAGUGCCUAUUGUCCUGUCUGCUGCAAGAUGAUCAAGAUAGUCAUAUUGGGUCAUUCAUUAGACAAUUCUUAAGAGGGGGGCUCGUUGAGUGUUUCUCUUGCCGAUUGUUUAUUUAGAUAUUUUUUAUCGUUGACAAUCUAGAGUUAACAACAGUAUUACAUUUCUCGCCAGAUUUGUAUGGAUGCAGUAGCGACCACAGUCUUUACUUCAGCGAUCAAAAUAGCAUUAAAUGCAUCGACUUAAAGAGCUACAAUCAGACCUAUGUCAAUGUGAAGACAGUAAAGACUGAACUUUCCGACGUUGGUGCGGUAGACAUUGAUCGCAGGGAGAGAAUGAUUUACUGGAGCGACCACGCCCAGUGGGCCAUAAGUAGAAUGAGUCUGGUAACUGGAUACACUGAGGUAAUUAAAGAAAUCAAAUGCUCUAGCAAUGUUUCGUGAACUUCAUAGCGGAUCCCCAUAGCUAUGAAAAUAUCCAAGUUGUUUGAAUAGUCCCCAGUCCAAUCCAAUGUUAAAUGUCAAACGUUCUAACUAUUGUGGUAGCUUCCGACCUGACAUUUCAAAAAUAUUGUGGUCAACUGACAGUUGUCAAAACAAUGUAUCCUCUGACCAGUAUCACAUGACCAUAUCGCGGGCUCAGGUUUCUACAUGUUCACAGGCUCAAAUCCAAAAUUAUUUCUUUGCAAUGGUUACAACAUUCUUUUUUGUUUGAAGUAAAGUAUGAAUUUAGUAACGGGAGCUUCGCCCUUAGCCUUGGCUAAAUUUAUAUACUACCCAGGGUGCGUUCCUUUGAGAUGAUCAUGAUCAGGAUCAGUGAUCUCAGAUCACUCGGAUCAUGUUAGAUCAAAUGAACCGAUGAAUCCACUCUGGACAAGGAUUCAUCGGUUCAUUUGAUCUACCAUGAUUCGAGUGAUCUCGGAUUACUGAUACUGAUCCGGAUCAUCCCAAAGGAACGCACUCUCAGACUGAGAGAUGAUCUCGCUCACGUCUGGUCAGUCAUACGGCUCGAAAACGUCUGCAUAAACUGGAGGAGAUGAGUUGAACCUUACAUAAAGAAGGAAACGUUGAACCUCCUUAUCCCCCUGAGUUAAUUUUACAAGCUAUAUCUGAAGCCCAGUACAAACGGACGCAACACUUUUAACCAACAACUCUCAGCCAAUAUUGGAUGUUACAUGUUGUAUCCAUUUGCACACCCUGUUGCAUCUUGUUGCGUGUUGUUGGGGGUUGUCGUGCAACGUUUCGAACCGGUCAAAAGGCUGAUUUAGCAACAGGACGGGAACGUCAGUUGACGACGGCGCGCGCAAAUCAAGCAGCCUCGCAGAGAGGCAAAUUGAGCACCAGAAGUCGCGUUUAGUCCUUUCCGUGCGCUUUCCCGUCGUCGACUGACGUUCCCUUUCUGUUGCUGAAUCAGCCUAAACUUUUAGCUACGACAAUCAAUGUUGGGAGUUGUUGCGUCCGUUUGCACCUGCUGUUCAUCGUAAUUUUUCAGACUUAUGUCGCAUCUAAAACGUUUUUCAAUCACAAGCGACGAAAGAAUCAAACAAAAAUAUUGGUCAGUAAAUAAAUCUGAAAGAAACAUAAAGAGAACGUGACAGACUGGACACGGUUCUUAAGAGAGCCGUGUAGAAACGCUAUUAUUUGAUGUUUAUAUCGAUUCUGUUUUUAAUUCCAUUGAAGGUCAUCAUAAGAGACAACCUAGGACAAGUUGACGGAUUAGCUGUUGAAUGGGAGAGUGGUUUGAUUUACUGGACGGAUUAUAUCUUUGAGAGAAUUGAAGUGGCAAGGGUUGAUGGAAGUCAUAGAAAGACAUUGUUUACUGAAAGUGUUUACAACCCACGUGGAAUCGCCGUGGAUCCAAAAUCUGGGUAACAAAUUUCUAUUCUCAUCCCGUAUAGGUAUUUGGCUUCGUGCAUGUACGAAAGGAGCUUAGGAGAUAAGAAAUUAUCCUCUCUAAAAUGCAGCAACAUAGGCCACUCGGAGAAACUUUUUCCUAGACCUGUAGCUCAGUGGUAGAUAACAAGAAAGUUAUUGCUUUGACUACGGUUGGGAGAUCCUGGAUCUAAGUUUUUUGCAUUGACAUUCGCUUUAAAAAAUAAAAUGAAACUGAAACAUGUGUGAGACGCUAAGCAUGGGAAAAUGCAAAUACAUGUAUGUAUGUUAAAAAAGGUUCGGUCUAAUUCCUGAAUAGCGAAAUCCUGAGGCUGUCUCGUACACAGACGUCUCUCUCUCUCAAUGUAAAUGUGCGCAAACGAAGACGGGAAGGAGAAAACGGGCGCCUCUCUUCCUUCUCCUGCCCGUAGCCUUUCGGGCCUCGUCACCAGUCCCUCGCGUUUCUCGCUCGCCGUUGUUCCGAACGAAGCUCGUAAGGAUCACCCUUAUUAUGGCACCGACAUAACAGUCCUUACUAUUUUCCAAUUCCAGGUACAUGUUCUGGACAGACUGGGGAUUGUAUAAUCCUAAAAUUGAACGAGCAGAUUUAUCCGGUGAAAACCGACAGGUAGUGGUCGACCUUGGAUUGUGGUAUUUCGUGUUAUACCAGUUGUUUCCUAUGAGUGUGGUUAUUGAUCAUGAAGCUGAACGAAUUUAUUGGAUGGAUGCAUACGACAAUUUCAUCGAUUCUACAGACUAUAACGGCAAUAAUUGGAGAACUGUGCACUAUGUCUCUCAGAACAUAUUCCCAGCUGACCUGGCUCUGUAUGGUGACAAUUUAUAUUGGGUUGAUCGGCACAGCCAGAGCAUUCAGUGGUUUAACAAGUCAGGCCCCUUGCUCCUACACAACUUUGGACACCUCUCGGAUGUUUUCCUGACGGGUGCUGUGGUCUCCGACGAGUCGAGACAGCCAGUUGGUAAGUAGAGUUCAAUUAACGAACAGAAAAAUGUUUCGUUUCGGAUGUUGCGUUUUGCACACCGGAACAUAAUUGUAAGAUGUUGGACAACGUCCCUAACUUUAAGCCGUCAAAUUUGCAAUGGCACUCGAUGUCUUGACGAGAUUCAAUUCCCUGUUUUUUCUUUCAGCAUUGUAACCUAGUCCAACUUUUUAUCCCCCUAUUUUUUAUCCGCAAGUCUAUCGUCCCGCACUGUUAAUCUGAAUACAGUAGUUUGCUGUAUUGUUGAAAAUUUCAUUUUAAUUUAUUUUUAAAAUUCUGAAAGACGAGCGUCGAGCAAGAGAGCUUUAUCACGUUUAAAACACCAGGCGCUCUCGAGUGUUUUUAGCUUGAUGAAAUAUGAAGGGCAAGGUUCCCUUUUAAAUGUACUGAGUAAUAAUCCUUGGGUGUCUGAUAUUUUUUCUAAAGAAAAUUAGGGAUUGAAGCUCAUAUCAUAUUACUCUUUUUAAGUCACUCAUAAACUGAAAUAAAGGAGUACCUGACUUAAUUCACAGCAAUUUUAGAGCAAACCAAUUGAAUUUGUGUCGCUGAGAUAUGAAGGAGAUCUCUUGAAUUAAACUACAACAAGGCAUAUAAGGUCAUUGUACAGCAGGAACCAAAAACAGAGAGUAUAUAACAGAGACUCUAUUUCCCUGGCUUUUUCGUUGUCUAAAUAUAGAGCAGAAGACAUGAUUUAGAGCCGUCGGAGGUAAUUUUGGCAAAGUUUCCAGUUUUUGACCCGGCAGGGGGAUCAAAUUCGGAUUUUCAAGGGAACACCAAAAUAUCGCUAAGAAGACUUUUCUAAGAAGGACAGUGCCCGAGAAAUAUCUAGAUUAGUUAGCUCAGUUUUUUCUCAGAGUGUUCCUUUUUUUUUUAAAGCUCCCCCAACAAACCAACCUCCAUGUCGGAUUAACAAUGGAGGAUGUAGCCAUCUCUGCUUGGUAUCCCCUGGUGGAACAUACAAAUGCGCAUGUCCCAAUGGUGCCAGAGAACUGGGACCCGACGGGAAGAACUGCAAUGGCAAUAGUAAGUCUCCUUUCGUGGAGUGUAUGUAUCCUUUCAAAGACAGGUUUCCUUACGUACAAACUACUCUCAAAAUGGAUUUAUUUAGGUUAUGUUUCUUGCAGUAUAAUCUCAUCAAUGUGUGUACGUGUUACUAAAUGUAUCCGACAGCUAUGAGAGUCCUAGGUUCUUUAGUGUGGUUAGCUUUUCUGGCAAACAGAAUCACAAUCAUCUUCGUCUACGCAUCUACUCAGUUUUACCCUGAGAUGUCUUGAAAAAAUUAUAAAAAUUAAUUCACACUCACUUUGGCACGUUUUACUUGUUGACAUCGUGUAUUCAAAAAUUUUAAAAAAUUAACUCAUUGCGACAUUAUUUUCUCAUUUCAGUGACCGUGCCAACUACGCCAAUCCCCGUACCAGGUACAGUAAGACAACCUAUAAUUUUUGCUUCUAGAGGGAUUUCUUGUGAUUAUUCUGACGAAUUAGAUACAUCAUCUAUUCUGCCCUACCCAAUAUAGUGUUACUUAGUAUGGCAUUUCUGUAAGUCAUAAGAGUCACUGCACGCUCACAUUGAAGAGCGUGUGCGAAGGGAAGUACACAAAGCUCAUUCAUAGACAUAACAAGAACAACCAUACCGUACAUGCUUUGCGUUGCUAUAUACUGUCUUAGUGUGCAACAACGCAUCUUGUGUGCCGCACUGAUGAGCUGCAUUGCAGUGUACGCGUUUACUAUGGCAAUAAGCUUUAUUGGCAAAGCAAACAGUGACAUUUGACAGAUAUGUUUCUCAUAGGACGCAAAAGUUACCAAUUGCAUUAAAAACCUGUCAAAAGCGAACGGCCUCUGUUGUCGUGGUUGUAGAAUAACAGUGGUCAUUUCCGGUCCUCGUGGGAAUCAGCAGCAAACUGCUCUUACAAUUACUGGACAUAAUGUUUAACUUUUAGAUGUCAGAGUGCGACUCAGAGGCUCUAACUCAUCGAACGAAGGACGGGUUGAGAUUUAUCACCAAGGAAAAUGGGGAACAAUUUGCGACGACCACUGGGGAUACAGGGAGGCUACAGUUAUAUGCAGAAUGCUCAAUUACUCUGCUGCAGUUUACGCUGUUGGAUAUGCUCAUUUUGGACAAGCAAACAGUUCUUUCCCCAUUUGGAUGGACAGUGUGAAGUGUAGAGGUGACGAGAAAACCAUUGCUGCCUGUAGGCACGAUGGAUGGGGAACUCAUGAUUGCGCACAUUCCGAAGAUGCUGGAGUUGUAUGCUACACUGGGUCUAUUCCACCAACUGAAGGUAGUUACUAAGUUUAUAGUAAAGACUAUCCAAGUUUUUCUGUAAAUUAGCACAUCUGAUACACUGUUGCCGUUGUUAUCGAUUGUUUCAAGUCAGGUCACAUUUUUUUGAAGUGCUGGAUUGUGUAAUACCUCGGUUCCAUCAGUAACUGUGAAAUGUGAAAAUCCUUACAUGUAUCAUACGAAAUAUGCCAAUAUUAUUUAAAGUCAGCUAAAAAUCUUGCUCGCAGCUAAAUAUAAAUAUCAAGUAUCUUCUAAAAUGUUUUCUGUUAUCGGCCAAGCAUGUCUUAUAGGCUUGGCAGAAUACAGCUAUAAAUUACUCAUUGUUUUGCUGCAGCAUUAAAGAGUAAGUACUGUAGGAGUAAGAACUACAUCUGAUGGUCAAUGAAUGGUUGUCUUUUUUUUCUUUCAAGUCCCAACCGUAGCACCAGGACCUCAUCCAGGUAAGACCACGCCCGCAGUUUGCAUACCUUAAUACUUACUUAGGCGCCGCAUACUACCCCCGGAGGGUUUUUUUUUUACUGAAAUCCUUACUCUCAGAUGUUUGCCUUCUGUCCGGUAGUGCCCGAACAAAACCUUUAAUCCAUUGUCUUCUGGCACAGCCCCGGGAAUGUACCGUCCCUUCCUCGGUCCCAAAUGAGAUAACCUUUUCUUUUAAACGGAUGCACCGCCAGACGGUAGUUUUUAAGGUAGUCUGCACACAGUCGUAAAACACAAAACAUUCGACGGUAAACGUCACAGUUUCCCGUAGUCACACGAUUUCACAUCAUGUUUUGUGAAGCCUAGUGAAUAUGCAGCAAAAAUAAAAGAACAACAACAACAAACAGAUACCACGACAGAAAUUUCUCAAAAAUUGUCAUGCAAUUAAAUUUUAGAUUUAUAUUUAGAUUUAUAGUAAUUUAACCACAUUGGCACCCUGGUAAAGUCAAAGCAAGAGAGCCAAGGCUCUAAUUUAGGCGUUACAUGCCUACUUACACUAUAUUCCUUUUGGCUUUUUCUCUUUCUUUUUGGUUCCUUUUAGUCUAACAUUUAUGUAAAUUAUAUUUGCAGCCGGUUACUAAAUUGCCUACCUAAAAUUGCCCAAGGGAGCCAGUCCCCUUAACUUAAUCCAAUCCACGCGCCAUAUUCUAUCGGGAUACGUCGUUGUAAAUCUACCCUUUUUCUUGAUUUCUUCCCAUUCAUACAGAAUUAAGGGUUCGUUUGAGAUCUGGUUCUACUUCAAAUGAAGGAAGAGUGGAGUUGUUCUUAAAUGGCACGUGGGGAACGAUAUGUGAUGACUACUGGGGAAUCGAUGAAGCGAACGUCAUUUGCCGCAUGCUUGGCUAUUCCGAGGGAGCCUGGAGCACACACUGCUGUGGUUGGUACGACUCCUCCUCAGCGCCAAGUCAGAUUUGGCUGGAUGAUGUUGAAUGUGUCGGUGAUGAACAGAGCAUCGCGGCAUGUCGCCAUGGCGGAUGGGGAAGACAUAAUUGCUACCAUUCUGAUGAUGUAGGAGUCGUAUGCAAGUACACACCACCACCGUCUCCAGGUUUGUUUUGUUUGAUUUGCUGUGUCACGAAAUCAAUGUUUUUCAAAUAGCCAACACAUAAACUUGAUAAAAACACAAUAAUAAUUGUCUAUAAUAUAAUACUUCUGACAAUAAAAAUGACAUUGGAGAGAAGAAGCAGAUGGAGAUGAGAAGAUGUGCAAGAGUGUACCAGCGCCAGCAUAAGGUACAUCAUUUCGUGCAAAUGAAGCCUGCGCCACGGACGAAACUAAACUGUGGUUAAGUCUGUCUGCGAAACAGCGCCGAAAUCCUUGUUCUGUGCCUCCAGUUGUGUACCAAGAUUUGAGUACACUUCAUGAUUGGCCUGCUAAAGAGCCAUGGCCGAUUUACGAAACGCACUUCUGUAAUUGGUUGAGUCUGUUGGAGCCCAGAGCAAGGAUACCAGCGCUGGUACGCGGGCGUUACUGACCGAGGUUGAAAAAAAAUAUGUCUGCGUUGCAGGCUAGGGUUGAUGCUAGCUCAAAACUUGAAGUAAAAGUACUUUUUCAAGUUGGUAUUUUAACUUCAAACGGCUAUCAUCGUUUUUAGAUAAGACUCUGAGACUGGCUGGUGGCUACAGAAGUGGCGAAGGAAGAGUAGAGAUAUUUCGCGAUGGUCAUUGGGGAACUGUUUGUGAUGAUUUCUGGGAUUUCAAGGACGCUCAAGUCGUAUGUCGUUCUCUUGGUCAUGAACGGGCUCUUCUUGCACCAAAAUUUGCUGCAUUUGGCGAAGGCAACGGUCACAUAUGGUUAGAUAACGUGCAUUGUGUGGGUAAUGAAAGUUCCAUUGAGGAUUGCCCUCACAAUGGAUGGGGCAAUAAUGACUGCAGUCACAGUGAAGAUGCAUCAGUCAUCUGCAGUAAUGAAACAGUUCAAAUAGGUGGGUAUAUAACAGUUAUUCACCGAAGUGAAGCCGCGAAACGGCGAGGUAAAUAAGCACCACUAGCCACCGAUACUGAGGUGAAUAAUUGUUUCAGUGUAAACAUUGACAUAAUUGAGCACAAAGAUGAUUAUUUUUAACUCAUUUACUGUUGCCAACGAUCUCAUUACAAUUUUGGUGCGCAAUGACCGAAAAAGCGUCGCGUUUUCUUGCCGGCAAAUAAAACUUUUGAAGGCAUUUGUUUAGCUCUUUCGUAGAAAUUUCUGCAAAAGGAGUUGUGAAUUCUCUUUGUAUUAAAAAACAUUCUCUAAAAAAGGGAUUAAAUUUGCUUUAAAGCUUAGUUAUGAACAUGUAAGCUAAAUAAAGUAACUCAAGACUUAAGCUUAAUUUGCAUUUGUAAACAAGAACCUUUUUUACCGGUUUCAUCGAUUAAUUCAAGUCAAACAGACAAAGCUUUACCAGUUAAAACUUCCAAACCGAGUUUCUUCACCUUCUUCGUGUAUUUCGGGAACAGCUUUUUUGAUUAUUUGUGAAAUUUCCUUGGUUUUUGCCUUACGGCAGCAAACCGGGAAGCCAUUUUAUUCAUAACUUACGCAAGUUUGGCGUCGCUCGGAGGAGGAGCUGGAGGUGAAUCAGUGAAUAGCAAUACAACUAUCCCCCAAAGGGAAGGUGAAUAGUGGUGGUAUAUUGAGACGCGAAUCUUCGAGGUAUAUAUGUAGCGCUAUGAAGCGACCCUAGCCUGAGGGGAAUAGUUGUUUUAAUAUUUACCAAAUCAGUUGGAUCAAAAUAAAAAAGUAACUAUUUGCAAAUGAAAGACGUUACUUAGUUAUUAUAAGAGUUUGUUUACGUUUCAGUUGACAGUGUUUCGGGGAUAAUUUUGUUAUGAUUUUGAUUCAAAUUCAGCAAGAAAUUUUUUUAUACAGACCAGUAAACACCGACAAGCCAAAUUUUGUCUCUUUCUUGUACUUGUUGGUGCAGCUGCUUCAUUUACCGCUAAAAUUUCAUCUUUCGAAAGUGUCGCGAAACCAGAACCCAUUUUGAAUCCCGUGCCAAAACAGUGAGUAUGCAAGAAUAUUCCGAGUUACGGAAGCCAAUCAAAACGCGCAUAAUCAAAACAUAUAUUUGCAAGAAGUUUCGAAGAAGUUGGAUUUGUUUGCAUGUUUGCGUGUUUCGAAAGAUCUUCGAACACUUUUGUUGCCAGUAUUUAAGUCAAAAAUCAGAUUCGUCGUUUCUUUUUUUGCGGAGUUUUGUUUGUCUGCCGCAAUUUAUAUCUAUUCAAAGUAGACAGACUGCAAAUUAUCUUAGUUGCUACAAAAUACAUAUCUACGUGUCGCAACUGCUCAUCAGUAGGAUACCUAAAAUGCGUGCAAUUCCACAAUUGGUUUCGGCUCCAUUAAAUCCUAUACCAAUUGCAGAACAUUUUAGGAGGAGCCACCCACCAUGUGAGCACAGUCACGGACAAUUUAUAAGUUAGGAAAAUAACGCAAAGUAAAAUUAAGACGUUAAUAAACGAACUAAAUGUACACGUCAAAUACACGUCUAUGUUGGAUUUAUAACAUAUCAAACAACAUCCAAAGUCAGGAUGGUAAUUUCAGAAUAACAUUAUGUAACCUCAAAAAACUGGAAAAACGACUCUUGCCGAUAUUUUGUGCUUAUUAAAAGACUUCGUCGGGGCAACUGUUGGAUUUAUAAGUGUGUCUUUCUGUCUUCAUCGUGUUUCUCUUAAUAUAUCAACAUACAUUUGUCUAACUUUGACAGUUUUUAUAUGUUCAGUCCUUUUCAAUAAUGACAUGCAACAGGAUAUUCUGGAUUUCCCUAACAAGUGCUUCCCUCCAAUUACUAUACGAUUCAAAGAGGAAAAACGUGAGCUUAAAACUUCUAUAAAUUUCCUUUUUUAUUAUAGGUGCGGGUGAUUUCUUGCUUUCUUGUGAAGGAGGGCGUAAAGUGUGUUACUACAUGUCUCUAGAACAGCCGACUCCACUCAAUCCAUUGCCACUGUCAAUUCCAUUGACGAUUUCGCCGUUUGGAGUAGCUUACGAUUCAGUGGAGGAGCGAAUCUACUGGGCAGAUGCCGAUGGUAACAUUCGUCGAGCUUUCCUUAACGACACCACAAGCCAGGUCGUGAUAAAGGGCAUUUCCCGUCCAAUGGGGCUUGAAAUAGACCCUAUAGGAAGGAAUAUCUAUGUCGCAGACCAAAAUGAAAACAAUAUUAAAGUUCUCAAACUAGACGGUUCUUAUGAGACUGUAAUUGUUGACGUCGAUUCACCUCAAGGGAUAGCGUUGAAUAGCUAUUCGGGGUAAGAUUUCUUGUUACAUUAUUAUACCUACGGUAUGAAAGUUAAGACAAUGAAAUAACUAAUGAAAUAUCUCAGAUCUGGCAUAUAUCUUGUUUUGAAUUACACAAAAAGUCGUAUCGUAUUUGCAAAAGUUAAAUUUUUACACAUUUUACUUGCUAAUUAAGCAAUUUAAAACUUGCUUAACCUGCCCGGAUUCAAAGAAGACAGUUUUGAAUGCUCUGUAGUGCAAUUCUUUCUGUCACAACUGCUGCGAGAAAAUAAAUUAAGAAAAUUUACGUUUUUCUUCCUUCUAGGAAGGAAGAUAUUUUCAACUUUUAGAACGCAGCACCUGACGACGGUUCGUCUCAAUUUUCAACAAUCUCGGAUCCUCAUUAUAACAAUACAUACCUACAUACACAUAUAUAACCUUUAUUUUAACUCGAAUUUUUGAGUGGCUAUACUAUAUAGCUAAUAUCUUGGAGAAACAAAUUAAGACUUGUAAAACUGGAAAAAAAAAUACACACACAAAAAAAAGACAAAAAGGAUGUAGUUUUCCAUAAAGAAGACUAAGUUCACGUUUUAAAUCUCCUUUCUGCAGAUUUAUGUACAUCGCGUCAGUUGGAUGGAACCCACAAAUAUUACGAGCAGACAUGGACGGUAAAAACAAGAUUGUUCUUGCAAAUUUGUCAAGCAUCGGACAGACUAUCAUCGACCUGGUUCUUGAUAUACCUGGACUCCGUUUGUUCUUCUCUGACCAAUCCAAUAACGUGAUACGAUACAUUGAUCUCAGAAGUCGGGAGGUACACACCCUCCUUUCUGGCAGCGGCCUUCAUGGACCAACUGGCCUCGCAAUGUUGAACGACACCCUUUACUGGACAGCUCACCAGGGCGGUGGAAUGUACGAAGGAUUCAUCUUUGAGGCUGACGUAACUAAUAGAACAGUGCGCAUGAUUGCCGAUGGGUUUAAUAAACCUGCAGGACUUUACGCCUACAAUUCGCGGGCACCUAAAACACCAGGUGAUUAUUACAAUUAUAAUAGUAUAUUAUUAGAGACCCUUAUAAGUGAAGUCAUUUCGCAAGAUAAAAAUGGUCAAGCUAAAAACAUAAUUACAAACAAUUUUUAAUAUAGCAAUUUGAAGUUUUGCUUUGUUCUGAUAAGCUCUUUUCUACUUUAUCUUUCUACAGCUCAAACGGCCUGUCAAAAUAAUGGUGAAUGUUCCCAUAUGUGUGUAGUGCGACCUGGUGGUCGAACGUGCUUCUGCCAGGCUGGAAUGAAGAUAAACGAAGAUGGAAAGACUUGUAAGUUGUAUAAAAUUUAAUUCUUUUGGAAAUAAUUUUCUUUUAAAGAAGACAAAAUUUUUAAUCGUUACCAUGGCAAUUAGCGGCAAAGAACUUAACCCUUAAUUCUCAAACCCACGCUUUUAACCCAAAGAAAUACGGGAGUCAUUUUUUAAUUAACCGUUGAUUUAAGAGAGACGAAAUACCACGUUGACUGAAAUUUGAAAUGAAUCUUUGUUUCUGAAUCUUGAAACAAACACUCAUUCAAUAAAGUGACUACCGUAACCCGCGUUUUGUUUAGUUCCUCGCACUCUUCCGUUUAUGAGCCCUUCUUAACCCCUUACAAAAUUUGUAUAAGCCUUGGGCUUGUAAGGGGAAAUUUCUCUGAGUUGAUUUUAGGUGUUUUCAUCUCAUGAGUGACAGAGUCAAAGGGUCAGAUUUCAUCCGAUAAUUGUUUGUUUGAUUUUGUUUCAGGCACUGUCGCAGACGUUUUAUUUGUUACAGACUCUUAUGAUAACAAAAUCUACAUUUCAUCACUAAGCCCAGAUGAUACCACGAUCGUGCCUCUACAACUUAAAAACCUCUCGUUUCCUGUUGGCGUUGAUUUUGAUCCGUUCGAACAUCGUGUGUACUGGACCGAUCAUGACCAUGGCUUUGUGGAGCGAGCCUUUGUUGAUGGCAGGAACCAAGAAAUUGUUCAUAUGGGACUUUCUCAGCCGAGUGGCAUCGCUCUAGAUUUAGUGGGAGGAAAUGUCUAUUGGAUAAGUACAGGAAAUCUAACCGUAGAGGUUUCAAAGCUGAACGGAAGUUUCCGAAAAUUGCUUGUUUCUAACCUGUCCUCAUAUCCAGAAGAUAUUGCUUUGGAUACCAUGAGAGGGUGAGCUUUAACUAUUCUUGAUAACUGAAAGAGCACAGGGGAGCCAGGGAAACUAGUGCCCUUUUGCUUUGUUGUUUAUGGGAAUACUGAGAAACUACAUUGUCAUAAAUGAGUUCACAAACUGUCUUGAUUUGCCGCACUUCAACAAACGUCACAUUUUCUGAAGAGAAGAGCCCUCUUCCAUCCUCCAGAGGACCACGCGUUUAAUGUCGCCUUUCACAUCUACACAGAAAACAGCGACAUAAAUCUUACCCUCACUUAGCCUGGGACCAGGGUUGAUCCGUAUUGGGGGGCAAAGGAGAAAAAAAAUCGGCGUGGGCGAGAAAAAGGAUCGGCGAGCGAAGCGAGCCGCGAGGUGCCUCGCUCCUCUCGCCGAUAUUUGUCCUAUCUGACCCCGUUUUUUGUCCUUUUUCCCCCACUGCGGGGCCUGGUCCAAAGCUAAGCCUCAGUAGGUUUAAGAUGUGUUUAUUUCCUACAAUGGUAGGGUGUCAUGAGACUUAUCAAAACCCAAACAGUUGGAAACGCCACCAAACUGAAUGAAAAAUAACCGCUAAAAACGUCAAAAGAAGGCAUAAAUAUCGAUGAAUGAUACAAUAAACACAAAGGAGGUACGGAAGAACAAACCUGGAGAAGAUUGAAGGGGGAUGGCGAUUGUGGUCUUUGUAACCUUGCUAGCCUGACAGUUUUUAAAGUUCAUUCUUCUUGUUCGUAACGUUCGAAAUAUUACCUGGGAGACAUUAUCUGUGAUUUUGUCAGUCACAACUAAUUUCUCAAGUUUCAUAGUGAAUAAAGAACGUUCAACUGGCGUUAUUAGAGAUACUAAAAUUCACGUUUACGGCAUACGGCAGACGGCAAACGUCAGUUGAGAAUUUUUCAGAACAGAAAAGAAGCACAUAAAAAAGGUCCAGAACGAUUCUUGUGGAUAACACUAGCAUAAAACUACUUCAUUUUGUGUAGAAGCAAUAAACAGUAAACGAAAAAUAGGGGGAAAACUUGGUCACGUGAUACAAAUUCACCUUUGCCGUGCAUGUGGUGUAAACGUGAAUCUUAGUCUCUCUAUUAACAAAAUGAACCAGUAGACAGUCGCGACCCAGUCCCUUUAAUGCACACGUCUGUUAAUUUUUUAGGUACAUGUACUGGUCAAGUCAUGGGGUUAUUGAAGGUGCCGACAUGGACGGAAGUAACCGCCGAAAUAUUACCUUAUUGAGAGAUUCUUAUGGCGAAUAUGAUGCACUGGGUCUUGCCCUGGAUGUACAAAUGAACCGACUUUACUUUGUUAGUUACUUUUUGUACGGCUUGUUUUAUAUUGAUCUUGAUUCAUCUGGAAGUCCCUCUAUUCCGCAGAGUUUGCUCCGGUCAUUCUUUUAUUUCGAUGAACCACAUGGGGUUGCGCUCGACGACCAGUUUGUUUACUGGAAUGAAUAUUAUGAGGAGAAGGUUUACCGGAUGAAUAAGACCGUUGCAGGCAAUAUUGAAGAUGUUGCUGCCGGAAUCUAUAGUCCUUUUGGAUUAGCAGUUAAAAAAGGAACCCCAAAACGAAAUAGUAAGUACAAAUUCUUCGAGUGAUCCUUGUUCAUUUGAGACAAACCAAAGUCCUUGGCAUUGACAGUUGACACGGAUUUAUUUUUUUCUGCAAACCUUCAGUACAGGGGUUGUGAGUAGUAUAGUAGUGGCGAUUUGACCUCCUUAUGGCACUGAACACGUCAUCGUCACAUUUCUUUUGCAUUCAUCCACUACGUGACCACCGACACCACAGACGUGUACUUGCACUUUUUUUGUUACCCUCCAUUGCCAACGUAAAUACCGCCACCGUCGUUUCUUUAUCGCCAUGUGUCUACUGUUUCUUCCACCCUCAAUAACACCAAUACUACCACUGUCACCGCCAUAUUUUUCCAAACGUUUUCCUUUACCGCCAGCACAACCACCACACCUCAGUUGCACUAACCACGAACACCACCCCGUUCAUUCUUUUCAGGCUACCCUACACGUUUAUUCCCUCCACUGUCACAGCCAUAAUUCCAAAGUAUUCAUCCGCCGCCCACACCAUCACCACAUCUCAGUUGUAAUAAUUUGUAAAUUCAUUGCCUCCUAAAUAUGAACAAAACCAGAACGUUUUUCGACUUAUUUACAGCCAUAAAAUGCAUCUGUUAGUUAGCCCUUUUGGGCCUUUUUACAUUUUUACAGACCGAAAUGACAGAUUUCGCCACCCUUCAUAUACUUCAUUUAGUGAAAUCCCUACCAUUUCAUGCAUAUACGUAAAGUCUGAAAUAAGAACCCACUUCGGCGUAGCCUCCCCGUAUAGGCCAUUGUAGAGAGUGCUCCCACCCCCCAGGCUACAAACCUGUCUUCAUUGCAACUUAUUUGAGCAAGCAGACUUAGGGCUAACUUUGAAAUACAUUUGCUAGCUAAUUACUCGACUGUUCUCUUUCAGCUGGUCAUCCAUGUAUGAAUGCGAAUGGUUACUGUACCCAUCUCUGUCUGCUAAACCCCAGUGAAAGUGGAUACCAGUGCGCAUGUCCGGAUAUAGGGGAUGGACGAGAAUGUUUCACAAUACCGAAACCACCAACUACUACCACAACGACAAUUGCUCCUACUACUGUUUUCAUAGACUAUUGUGAAGGCGAGCCUUGUGCAAAUGGGGCGGGCUGUGAAAACAGUAACGGCUUGUACAUUUGUACCUGUGUAGGGUACUUUGGUGGCGUCAACUGUACCAUUGCUCUAGGUAAGUUUAAACAACUGAUCUAUCUAAAUUCUCCAACACGUUUUUAAACUUUGUAAUGUAUCCUUAUGAAAGCGUUUUAGAGCACGUUAAGCAAUCAACUUACUGUUUGUUCGUACACAUACAAUAAUGAUUUAAAAUAGUUAUGCCCUCCUUUUUGGCUAAUUACUGAUUAUAUCAUACCCCUUCCGUCUAAAAUCGUUAGCCGCUGCCAAGUCAUGUCAACUUCAUUUAAACUCACACGAAUUGCUUAAUACAUUCACCACUUUAGAAAGGAGACGAGGGGGCUCCAGCCGAAAUGUGUCCAUCAACUAUUUCGGGGAAAAAUAGUUUUGAAAAAAAUAAGAUUGAAAGGAAGGCCUUGCACUUUCACAACAAAGGUCGCUUCGCUAAGCUAACAAAAAAACAAAUCAGUUUGAAAUUGGCUUAGUUUUGUAUUUUCCUUAGCCUGUGAAAACAGCCGACAUUUGGCGACGCUACCACUGCUUUCCCCGCCAAAUGACGUCUGAGAAACGAGCGCAGAAAUUCCAUACUGAUGACGUGUCACUACCCAGAUCGGUGGUGCUUCUGAUUGGUGUGCCGCGUGGGACAUUUGAUUCAACCAAUCAGAAGCACUACCCAAAUCUGGGUAAUGACGCAUCAUCAGUAUGGAAUUUCUGCGCUCGUUUCUCAGACGUCAUUUGGUGGGGAAACCAGUGGUAGCGUCGCCAAAUGUCGGCUGUUUUCUCAGGUUAUAUUUCCCAUUAAUAUUCCAUGAAAAACUAUACAGUUUUUUCAUAUUUACUGUUAUUAAUCAAUUAAAUGCCGCGGGGUUUAUUUUAAAUUAUAUUCACGAUGAAUCAUUUAUAAUAAUUAUCAACACAUACAUUUGUAAUGUCUCGAUUUUUUGCUGAGACUGAUAAGCAUACGAUAUGAUACGUAUUCAGUGUAUUUCUUUCUUGUAGUCCUCAAAUAAUGACCGCAUUGCUCGAAUUGUGCCGGGCGUUUACUCGAGGAUAGCACCUAUCUGUAAUCGAGCAAGACAAUAUAUUUGCUCAAAAUUGCCAAUGAGCUGAAGUAUCUUUCUAUAUUUUAUAUUUUAGAUGAAGAAAAUGUCGUCGAGGUGACUUUCGAAGGCGUUACUUUGGUCGAGGUAAGUUUACAUAUUGGAGCCGCAUGUAUAUCGAAGAUAAGCGGCUUGAAUAAGACGCGAAAUCUAUUAUUCAUACGGGUAUUAUUCAUAACACGCAACCAGCUCGUAUAAGUGGUUCGCAGCUUGUUUGCGCCUUAUUUUCACUCCCAGACUCGUUUUUAUUUGUAUGUUGACUAUAGCAAAGAUACGGUAAAAAAACAGCGAUUAAAAACCUUUUAGGCUAAAAAAAUGAAACAGGUUCUUAUUUUCUAAAAUCUAUAAAAAAAAUUCUGUUCACCUGGGCAAAUAAGGUAAGGCAAAAUUCAGGAUCCUCUUUGGUGAGAUAGCCGUACCUUGUUGCUUCAACUUCAGUUGUGAUGGUAUACAGGUUAAGGAAUGAGCUGAAUACCACUAAAUACUCUUGGCUACAAAGUCCUUUUUCUUCACAAAAGAACCUAUUUAAAAACCUUUUAGGUCUAAAUUUGUGCUAUUUACCAUUUAUGUAAAAACCUGGCUAACUUGGUAAAAUGUAGGUUCUUAGUUCCGGGUUUUUAAUGUAUUUUAAACAUGGCAUUGUUGAAAGAAAGAUGGUAAAUUUUUUAAGGUCGGUGAAGAAAUGAGAGGUGAUGUCCACGUGAUCAACAUGUCAAAGAAAGAAAAAUCUGAGUCCCUCACAAGGAUUGAACCUUCGACCUUCAGUACACCGGUCGGAUGCUCUAACCACUGAGCUGCGAAGGACUCGUAGCGCGUAGGGCCAUACACAAGGUGUUUAAAUAACGCAUGCGAACUAUAUGUAUCAGUUGCCAGGUGUGACUUAUCCAUUUAAGUCCCCCAUCGUUGAUUGAAUUACAGCCUUAAUGAUUUUGACUAUUGUAAUUUGGAGGCUGUGAAAAUACACAGCUCUUCAUUGGUUGCAUUCAACCUUAAUUUAUUGUUAACGGGUGAAUUAUCAAUUCAACUCCUUUUAGUUUAACCUAACAGCCUUCAUUCAAGCCAUUGUGGAUGCACUGAAUCAACAAUGUUUUGAAGAUCCAGCCUCAUGCCCUAUUUCAGUUGAAAGGUGAGAAAAUUUCUGAUUUAUCUCAUUGCCUCAACUGAUUGUAUCUUUCGGCCUCAUGUAAGGUAAUCCAAGACAGUCUUGGGUUCUGGAUUCCACGCCAUGGAUUCCGGAUUCCAGCUACUGGAUUUCGGAUUCUUUGUCAGUGGAACUUGGAUUCCAGAUACCAAUCGUUAGUGGGAUUCCAGAUUCCUUGUGCUAUUUUCUGGAUUCCAAAGCCCAGGAUUCUGGAUUACACAAGCAAAUUUUCCCUGAUUCUGGAUUUCAAAAAUCCGUAUUCCCUUACAUGGGGCGAUACCUUAUCUUACGCAACGAGAACGUUGACGUCCCAGACAUAAAAAACGUCAACCGGAAGUUGAUAUUUUCUCUCUUGUGCUCUGACGUCUGAUUCGAAAAACGCGUACAGCGGAAGUUAAAACAAAGCACUCAGACUCGUUGUGCAAGAUGGACGCGUUCCUUCAAGCGAGAUAUCGAACUUCCGGUUGCUAUUCAUGACGUCUGGAGCGCCAGCGUUCCCGUUGCUAAAGCUCGCUAUUACAAACCUUUAAUAAGAUUAGAGGACGAGGACGAGAUUCGACUUAAAGUUUUUUUAAGUGCGUCUUCUCAAAAAAUAGACACUCGGGAAAUCUUUAUCGUACUUUUUUUUCCACAGAAAAGUUACUGCUGUUAUUUUUAUUGAAGGAGUUUGGGUCCCCUCCCGAUCACAAAAUGUUAAAACUUCUAACAUCUGAUAACUUGAUUCCUCUACUAGGACAUUCUUCAUGAAACACGUUGUAGAAUAAUGACGGCUAUCACGUUUCCCCGCCAAAAUAGGGACUUUAAGAUCCAACGACGCGGGCGGCAACGAGAAAGUCAAAAAAAACACUAUAGGUUCCAGAAGCAAAACAACCACUUUGCACGCUUUUUUGUACAUUUCUUUGCCCGUUUUUGCACGACUACGGCGUAAAAAUGCCUAAUUUCGCGUUUUAUAGAGGACAUAAACGAGCAACGACGAAAUUUUAUUUCUCUUUUUGAACUUGGAUAUGGUCCCUAGCAAUUCAAUUUCAGAAGGGUUCGCCUACAUUUGACAAAGUAACUGGAAAGGAAUAACUGCGAUAAAGACUAAAAAAAUGCAAAUUCACUUUUGAAGCGAAGUUCUCGUUGCCGUCGUGUCUUUGGAUCUUAAAAUCCCUAAUGACGCUGGUUCACGCUCACGCUCUACAUAGUAUUGAGAAAUUCUCGUACUGUAUUGGUCCUCGUCUUAGAAUCUGAAGGUCUCUAUUAUUUCCCCGCCUCUCGCACUCGCUUCUCCUUUCGCGUACGGCUCUCGCGUGACUUCUCGCCGCUCCCCCAAAUGGAAAGCCUGCUCACAGGCUGUGGGAUGCUCGUCGUCCGCCAAGGGGUAAAAAUUGCAGUAUUUGGUCUCACUUAUGUUGAAGCUCUUCCCUAAUAAAUGGGACCACGCAUCGCACGCAUUUAUUUUUUUAUUCAUUCAUUCAUUCAAUUAUUUUCCUUGAAUCUAUAGCGAAAGGAGAGGUACUAAUUUACAUUUUCUUUCUGACCCACCCACCUAUCCCCUAAAAACAAAAUGAACAAAAGCUAGGAAUGUGCUCUUGGGUUAAACUAAGUAUGAUAAUUCAAAUCUGCGCAGAGAUCAUCGCUGAUAUUCAUUUAUUCAUUCAUUUAUUUGUUUCUUUAUUCAUUUGUUUCCCUCGUGGUUUCUCCAUUUAUCCAUGAAGUAUUGUGAAACGAGAGGUAUCGCCGAAUGGGCCUUUUACAACUGACGAUAUUUACAUCACAUCACCUCCAGAGGAAGUCGACGGGGGGGUCUCGCUCGAAUAUGCUGUAGUUAAAACAACCGCGGAUGGAAGGGAGGUUCCUUUACCAAGUGAAUCGCUCGCCGAGGUGACAUCCGCAAAAGCAGCUGAAAUUGGAAAGAAACUUGGUGCUACGGGAGUCGCUGCUAAGCCCAAGCCUCUUACUACCACACCUACAAGCGAAGCUCAAACGGGCGGUACAAAUGGAGGGAUGAUUGCUGGAGUAAUUGUAGCUGUUCUGCUAUUGGUUAUCAUCGCAGCUGUAGCAGUAUGGUAUUUCAGGUAAAUUAUUUCUCUCCUUUUUGUGGCUGGUGGCGAAUGGGAAUAUAUAAGCACACUGUCCACCAUGGAAUAGAGGGAUAAGGUGUUAUAACUACUUUAUAUACUGGUAUGAGUUUUGAUGUAGCGGGUAUUAAAGUGGGUAUAACUCUCGCUUCAGUUCAACCUCAUUUCCAGGGCUCUCUCUCUUCCUCCUUCGAAAGAAGAGAGAACCCUGGGAACGACGUUGGGUUCAGUUUAAAUGUUGUGGCGCUUUACAUGAAGUACUUUUUAGGUGUUAGAGAAACAAAUCGAUAUUUUUUACUUCGUUAUUGUACGCGUUUUUGCUUUUACAAUUGAACAACUUUGACCAACAAGGAAGCACCUCUGCCCAGCAUAAUUGUUCUUUUCAAUUAUUUCAAGGUUGUAAAACACUCAUUGGAAAGAUGACCUGAAAAUGGACUAGAUAUAAAGCAUUUUUUUAAAUUCUUAUUCAGGAUGUCAGUGGCUGGAAAACCACGCAUUAAGACAACAGUACUUCCAUAGAUUAAAAAGGUUAAUCUAAUAAGUUCAAGUGGUUUGAGCCUAGAUUUUUAGAAUUUUUCCACAUCAAGAGGUUAAGUUAAAACUGCGUCACAAAAUGGAAGAUUUAAAAGUCCAAUGAUACAAGCAAACAGAUGAAAAUGUUGAGAACUGUAAUUUUCCUUCAGCAAGAACAUUUUUCAAGCACGCUCAGCACGUUCUUCCAAAGGGCUUAUAUGCAUUUAUUACCGUUAAAUUUUUCUUCUUCUGAUAUGAUGCCAUGUUAUGAUGCCAUGUUAUGUCGUAUUGUUCACAGGGUAAAAAGGACCCGCUCAACUAACAUACCCUAUAAGAAGGAGAAUGACGAGGAGGCCCCGACUGGUUCAAUAAGACGAACAGCUGCUUUUGAAAACCCCGGAUACGACAGUACUGGUGGACUAGAUAUUGGCAGUGGAGGAAAUUACAAUGACAUGGCAGCAGUGACAUUUUCACCCUUUGAAGACUUUCCUGAUCAUACCGCAGCCACCAAUCAACUGUAUUCUGCGAUAGGCAUGACAAGGAUCUCUAGUUCCCAGGAUGUGAGCCAAAACGCAGAAGGAGGAGAGUUGGCCGUUAAAAAGAUGACUUCCGAUGAGAAAGCAACACAAGACCAUGACGCAGGUGCGCUGCCUAAAAAGGAACCUCUUGAGAACGAGAAGGCGGAGCAACCCCAUUAUGCGACAUUAACAAUUAACAAGAACGAAGAGUCGGAAGAGAACGAACCGCGUUACUUGACGGUGCUUCCAAGUGGAAGAGAAUUCGCAAACAGCGAACAAGUGAAAGUUGAUCUCCAGGAAAAUGCAGAAAAAUCUAACAGUGAUAAUGGACAAACGGUAUUGGUGCUUGACGCAAAUUACAACCAAGAUGAAGACCCUGAAGUCUGAGGUGAUUUGGAAAAGCCAACAUGUCUGCCUCGUAGCGAACGUACAGGCAAUGGAAAGGAUCAUGCAGUUGUUCAGAAACUUAUUAGGUAAACUUGCACGUCAUAGGCGUAAAAAAUAGCAGUAUGUAGAUAUGACUGUCAGACCUUUAAGAAUGAGAUAGUUAUUCUAAACAGGUAAUAGUUGCGGUCACGUUAGAGUAUCAUCUCUAUGGUUACCUCAGUUAUCCAGCCACCAAUAGUUGCAACCCUAACAAACAUUUAAAUCGAAUAUAAAACUUUGCGCGUAAAGGAAAGACGUUUAUUUUUCUUUGGCUUUAUCAGUUUCGAUCUCGUGUCCCAAGUAAUAACGUAAAUUUAAAGGUUAAACUACCGGGUAAAUAACGAUGCUGAGUUAAAUUAAGGGAUGUAUUGCCAAGAGAUUCGGGGACUCUUCGAAGAUUUAGUCCAUCGAUUGUAGUGGUUGAUCUAUGAUUUACUCACCGAUCAAAAAAUGUUUGAAAAACAUAAUUAUUAAGCCGUGGAAUAAUCGUUUUUCCUCAUUAAAUGUGUUUUUUUUUGUCAAUAUAAUUGCUGAGCGGAUGCUUGAAUCAAAUUCAGCAGACUCCAGCCGUUUUUCAGCAAACAAUACCCUCGGAGGGCACUCCCUAUAAUGGCCUUUACGUGGGGGCUCUGCCGGAAAGGGGCACCUUUUACAGACUUCAAGUACAUGAAAGGGUAGGGAUUUUACUAGCUAACGUUUAUGAUAGGGUAGGGAAAUCUAUCAUUUCGGCCCUAAAGGGGGUGCUGUAUGUCAGUGGAAUGUAUACGAACUGAAAGUUGUACCUUUUCUGUUAAGAAUGGUAUAUAAAAGGGUAGGGGGUUAGGCCUCGGGGCGGAGCCUCCCCGUAUGUUGAGUAACCCCCCGGAUAAUACCCAGGGCUCAGCGCCAGUAAAGACGCAUUAAAACAUAUAGACAGUAGAAUAUUCAGUGUGACUUGAAAUCCCUAACACUUGCUGCUAGAAACUGAGUGACCCGACAAAGAGGUAGUCUGAAAACAUUUUCUUUGAUUCAGUUUUUCACUUAGUUAUGAUACUAGAAAAGAAAACACCUAAUUGAUUCAGAAUUCGAUUACGCCUAUGCAAUUUUCACGUCAUGCUAAGGUACUACAGUUUCAUUCCUUGUAUAGCGUUAAAUUCACAACUACCAAAUUAUAAUUAACAAAAAAAGGUCGAAAACAAAACUUCUAAGAAGCAGAUCCAUUGUUGCUUGUGAUAAGCUGAAUAUUUGGUGUGAGGACCAUAGGUAAAAUUGUUUAGAAGACAAAUUAAAAGGAGAAGAAAAGAAGGUCAUAAAAUGUGACUCAGUCGACCUCGCCCAGUUCUAGUGGCAUAACAGGGAUUUUCUUCAGAGGUAAUUCCUCACGUUUAAAGCAUGACAGUAAAAUACAUAUUCUACCCUAACGAUAGGUUUUAAUAUAGUUUCUUAACACAAGCAUGAUGAAAAUUUUAAAAAACCAAGAAAAGAAAGAAAAAAAGUGCCCCAGUAUAUUCACCAUUUAACUAUCUUACUAUACACUAUACACUUGUCGAACGACGAAUAUAUAUAUAGAUCAGUCGAUUCCAGUAUAGUAAGGACACCUCCAUAAUACGGACACCUCUCUACUACGGACAGGUCUCUUGGUCCCAUAUAUAUAGAUGUAAACUAGUAACAGUUCUUACCCUCAUAACACGGCGCCCCAAAUAUGAUGCAGACACUUGGCUUUCCGUAUUAGGAAGGUUUCACCGUGUUUCUAAAUUCGUUUAGUUUCAGUACUGGACAGUUUAUUCUAUAACGUUAAGUCAAUAGGGAACUUAAGCACAAAUGAUUUUGAACGAAGACAUCAGCCGAAUAUGGAAUAUGCAUUUUUGAGCACUGGCUUUGUCCAAAUUUUCGGGCAGUUUGUCUCACAAGACACAAAUUUGGUAGCGUCGACAAGCCAUAUUAAAAGGAAAAAGGUCUCAUCUCCGGUUGUAGUAUGUCUCGUAAAAUGCCUUUGCUUAAACUCCCUAAUAGUUUCUCUUCAUGUUAUGUAGUAUAUAAUCCUCUUCACGUGGCUGGUACGUCAUAAUACUGCUGUCCGCCACAAAAAGAUCGUCGGAAAAUUCAAAAUAAUUUUGCAGAAAGCUAAGCCACGUUCACAGAGAACUACCUUAACGUACAAAAAUUCAGACACCCAGCCGUUCAAAAUUCAGUGUGAAUAGAGCAAAAAUAUUGAAUAGUCCCCUGCGAACAAAGGUCCGGUAAUUAGAAUUUUUUUAGCCGGUCAAACGUUCGUGCGGCGCCAUGGAAAGGUAGCCCAAAACAUAGACGGCUACUUCGAGGAAAAUCUUUCAGGAUAAUCUUUCUUGUCUUACGAUGAGUGUAUCAGCAAGCUAUGAAGAGGUUUUAUUAUUUUUUUUAAUUAUUGAAGUUAAUUUUUUUAACGUAUUUUUUGGAUAUGUGUAAAUCUGAAUAUUUUUAGAACAAGGUGAACGAAGUGUUUGAGUCGAUUCAGACAGGUAGCAGUUUUUUUUACUAUCAGAGAAAAAUGUUUCUGGAGAGGUUUAAAGGUUCCAUCAGGGGAAAGCUGUAGCAACAGAGAAAAGCUGGAAAAGACAUAAAGUAUGGGCUAAUUACAGGUUCUUGUAUUCCUUGAUUGCAGGGCAGGGUUACUAAUUAAAAAAUUGAAGUUUCUUUUGUUCGUAGCCUAAAAGGUGUUCACAGUCGCUACUUAAAAUCCCAAAAAUUUGUCCAUAAACUUUAGGCUAUAGCUAAAUCCGUCCAUAGAUGACAUGAAAAACUGUUGAGGUUGUCAAUCAUAAAUUUAAUUUUCUCUGGUCUGCUAUAACAGGAAAGAAAGAAAUCUCAUGGAACUGUUACCUUUUGUAUAGAAUGUGGUAUUAUUUUUUAUGUAUUAAAAACCUUUUGUAACUUUUUAUUAGUUAUCCUAUUUUACUGAUUUGUUUAAAAAAAGGCCAAUAAAAGUAUUUGCCGAAUUAGUCUGCUUGUCAUCCAGGGUUUUCGGUAGCAUUUGGAAGUACCGGAUGCUGCGGUUCAGCUGGCGGACGUGCACCGCUCGCGCCGCUGGCGGGCACGUUGACUGCCGGAGGCACGAACUCCCAGGGGGCUCCGGGGGCAUGCCCCAACCCCCCACCCCCCAGGAAAUUUGUAAAACUGGACACUCUAAAAUGCAAUUUCCUGCGUUCCCUGGACCGGAAUUGGGUAACCGGAAUUAUGACAGGAAUUAUCUCUUCUUUUUU